GUGACGCUCAAAAGACCACACCUGCAUUUUUAAGAUUUUCGUUGACCUUGAAGAUAAACUAUAAUUCUUGCCAUACCUGUUCAGCAGUUUCAAAUGGAGGCUGAGACACAAUACUGUUAUUUGUAGUUUGACUGCUUAUGAGGACAUACAGCUAAGGACUUUGUAGGAGUUAGCCUUCGGCUCCAAAAAACAGGUGAGAUUCUUCUAUAUACCUAUAAAUCUUCAUGCACCAUGUUUAAUCCUAUAUAGUGUGUACAUAUCACAUUUAAGGCAAGCAACUAUGGAUGUAAUUAGCAUUGAAAAUACAUAUUGAACACACAAUUAUUGCAUAUAUUUAUUCUUAUUACAUAUUAGGCAUUUUUAACACACGGGGGUAAUAUGAACGAAAAGAAGGUGCUAUUUUGUGAUACAUAAUAACCAGUCAAAAUGAAAACCAACAGAAUAUCUGUCAUUUAGCACAUUUCUCCAAAAUUGCACCUGUUUCCUUGAUUUAUCUCCCCCAUUAUAAAUGUUAUACCUACUAAGAUGGAUUGUUUAAUAUAGUGCAAUAAUAUACCAGGUUUACGAAUGAAGGAUUAUGUUAUGAAAUAUGUUAAACUGCAUAGUGUUUUUUUUCUGCUCCCUAUCAUUUGUUAGAAUCGUAUUUGCUGUCAGUAAUACCAAACUUGCAACAGCAAGAGCUGCCAUUGUUUAUUUCUGUUUAUAUUCUUAAAAUAAAUGGGACGGUUAAUGCCACAAAUGAUCUGUUAUUAGAAUGGGUAAAAAUUAGUACAGGUCUAAUAGGUUCAAUGAUAUAUCACAGUUAUUACAGAUACAAUAUCGGUUGCAAUAGGUACAAUAACGGGACACUGUUACAACAGGCACACUAAUAUGAUAUGAUACAGGUAAAAUAAUAUGGAACAGUUAUAGCAGGUCUGAUAAUGUGUUCUAAGACGUAAUGUGGCAUAAUAUGACCUUAGGGUUAGCUUAAUUGUGAUGAGUCCACAGCAGACCAUUAGUCACAGGGAGUGGUGUGGCAGGUGACUCUUAAGUCAAUAACAUCUUAAAUAAAGUUUGACAACCUUGAAAUGUCUGAAUGCGUAGGUUUACCAAAAUCACACAGAAGUAGGUGGAAAUGUUAUUUUAGCCAAAUAUGAAGCUUGCAUAUUAUUAUUAUUAUUAUACAUAUUUUUUAAUUAGAAUCUAUUGUUUUUUUGGAAUCACAAAGGAAAGUUGUGAACUUUUGGAAAUAUAUGUAAUAAUGUAAUAAUAUAUGUAUAAUAUCGCAGGUACGGUCAGCACAUAGUUAGCUUGUGUGUUGUCCCUUGGAAUUCCGUGAUCUGACCUACCUCACAAUUUUUAUGUUUUCAACACUAAAUUCCCCUCCGCACAUUUAUUUAUACCGCUUCACUAUUCUCUUCAAAGCUUUCUGUGAUAAAUCACAGUACAAUGCAUAAUAUUAAAAGAAUACCCCACGUACCAUAACUGCUAGAGCUUGCUGUAGUAGUUGUGGUGCCAAGACUGCCCUGGCACCCCCACAGUGUUAGUAGUCAAACUGUUUUAAAACGGUUUGACAAGUUAACUGGGGUCCACGGAAGUGCCGGCCACCUCCUCAGCUUCAGACAGAAGCUCCAGGCAUAAAAAAAAGCCCCCCUGCCCCCUGUACCCACCCCCCCCACACACACACACAUACCACCAACUCCAAUAGCUGUCUGUGAAAGCCAAAUGCAUUAAUACAGUGGCUGUCAAAACCUGUUUCUAACAAUUUCUUAAGCAAAAUGUUAGAUCCGUCUCAAGACUGUAAGCUCGUUUGAGCAGGGUCCUCAUCAACCUAUUGUUUCUGUAACAUUUAGUAAUUGUGUUGUUUAUUGUUCAAUAUCCUCCUUUUAUAAUAUUGUGAAGCGCUGCGGAACAAGUUGGUGCUGUAUAAAUUCCAAUAAUAAGACACUGAAAAUGUUGGAAAUUACAUUUUGAAAGUUCGUAUAAGUCAAAUUGUUAUGUACUUUUUGUAACAUAAAUGCAAACAUAUAUUAAAUCCCUCGUGGAACCUUAACAAAGGUGAAUGUAAUAUCAUGAAAAGAGUAAUCAAGAGUAAUCUCUUGAAAAUGUUACUGAAAUCAAAAUAUAAUGCGUGAAAGUUUUUGGGAAAUACAAAAAAAUUUCUUUUUGACAUUAUAUUGAAUAAUAAUUACAUAAGUGAUAUAAUCUGAAUGCUUUAUCUUGCGACUUAGAAAGGGGUAGGGCUAUAGUAAAUCUGUGUCCCUUUAAGAUGUCCCUUUAACUAUUACUUUAAUUGCCUGACAAAUGCCUAUUCUGUAUCGAUAAAUGUACAUUAAAUGUAAUGCCGUAAAACAAUUUUCCUUUAAAUAAGUAAGAAUAUCCUCCUUCAAAAUUACUUAGUACAAAAUAAUAGUUGCAUGACUAAUAAUUUCAGAGAUAGAUUGUUAGUUAUCUUGAACCCUCUCUGAUUCUGUAUAUCAAACACACACGGGAUUAUUCACUAACGUGAGAAUUGUUGUGAAGUCAAACUGAAUUAAAAAUUUAGGACCAUAAUAGCAAAUUAAAAGCAUAACUGACUUGGAUAAUGUUUCUGUUUGGUCUAUUUUGACUGAAACUUGUAUACAUGAUGUCCCUGGCCUUAUCUUAUAGUUAGGAUAGCCUUAUGCCUAUCCCACGAAUGCUUAAACUCCUUUACUGUGUUAACCUCUACCACUUCAGCUGGAAGGCUAUUCCAUGCAACCACUACCCUCUCAGUAAAGUAAUACUUCCUGAUAUUAUUUUUAAUAAUAUCCUCUUAAAGCUUGGCUAACUCUACUGAAUGUCCUUUAACUAUUGUGAUUUAGUAAUUUUUUAUAUGUUGGUUUUUUUUAUGUCUAGAUUGAGAUUUACAAGUUUAUUUUAAAGCACCUUCGGUUUUUUACAUACUUAUAGGAAUUGGUGAUUUGGUUCUUAUCAAUUAAUCUAAGUAAUAUACACAGUUUGUUUUCUUCUUCCCUUUCUUAUCCCUCCCUAUUCACCUGCUCCUGGAAUUGUAACACGUUUGUCCCGACUGUUUUGUUUCCAAUUUUGCAGAGCUUAGGAAGGGGCUUCUUUUACCAAUUGAACACGUUGUUUAGUAGAUAAUUCCAUUUCCUAUUUUGGAUCUACUUUUUUCACCUAUUUAUCUAUACAAUUUUUUUAAUGCAUUAUGUAGCUAAAAUGAUAAUAACAAAAAUCAUAAAAUAAAAUAAUAAAAACAAUAAUAAAAUUAUGUGUAUUUUUGUAGCUCAAUCUGUUUGGAUUUUAUAGCACAGUUCAUGAAAGUUCGGCUAUUUAAACUAUGUACAGAAGAGAGAUUUAUUGCACAAUAACAAAUACAGACAUAAUCAGAAGAUUUACACAUAAGAUAAUUAUUGCAUAUUUAACUAACGCACUACCAAUCUGGAAGGUGGUGGGGGGUGGGACGGUUACAAAGUAUGCAAGUAAAGACUAAAGGGACACUAUAGGGUUCCAGACCACGUCAUCUCAUUGAAGUGGUCUGGGUGCAGUGUCCCUGUACCCGUUAACCCAGCAAUGUAAAACACUGCAGUUUGGGUGAAACAGCAAUGUUUACAUUGCAGUGUUAAGAUUGCCUCUAGUGACUCCGUGAAACGAUGCUGGAUGUCCUCACACUUUGCUUUAGGACAUCCAACAUGUUGAAAAACCACAUAGGAAAGACUUGAGUCAGUGCUUUCCUAUGGGGAAGGCCUAAUGCUUGGGGGUGGGAUGGGGUCACAAAGGGGGGAAAAGUUUUAGCUGUUUUCUAUUUAAAUGUUUUUUAAUUAAUUUGUCCCAAAAAAAUUUAACCCCUUCCUGCCGGAUGACGGACCUGGUCCGUCAUGGCGGGGAAACCGUUAACACCAAAUAACGGACCAGGUCAGUCAUGCGAUAAAGUUAACCCCAGAUCGCCGCAGGGACUCACGAUCCGCCUCCCUGCUCUUCCUCGGUCAGUGUGAAGUGCAGGGAGACGGAUCAGAGCUGAUCUGCUUCCUCUGUGUAAAAAGAAAACAAAAAGUUAAAUUAAACCCCCCCCCCUCCCCUGCUUUAAUAAAAUUAACCCCUUCCCUACCAAUUGAUCACUGACUACCGUGAUAAAUUGUCAGGGACUACAUUUUACUGUGAUCUAAAAAAAUUUUUUAACCCCUGAGAGUCAACUUUUAUUUUUUGUAACCCUCAGAGGUUAAAUUUAUUUUAUUAAUUAAUUUAAAUAUAUUAAAAUGAUAUAUUUAGCUAACUGGGUGGGUUGACGUUAGUGGGUAAUUUGGGAAUUUGGUGUUAGGCUAGCUAGGGGUUAACGUUAAAAAAAGUUUACAAAAAGUUUUAAAAAGAUAAAAAAGUUUUAAUUACUUUUUUUUUCAAGUUACAAAAAACCCACCCCCCCUUUACCCAGUCCAAUAAAAAUUAACACCUUCCCUGUCAGUUGAUCACUAUCUACAUAUUAUAGUAUUAUACUGUGAUCCGAUUUUUUUUUAACCUCUUAGGAUUAACUUUUUAAAAUUAAUUAAUUUAAAUAUUUUAAAAUGAUAAAUUUUGCUAGCUGGGGUGGGUGGGAGUUAUGGGAAAUUGGGGAAUUUACGGUUAGUGCUGCUUACUGCUAGUUAGGGGAUAACGGUAAAAAAAGUUUAUAAAAAUUUUAAAUCUGUAAAAAAAAAGUUUUAAGAAAGUUUAGGAAAGUUUAAAAAAAAUAAUAAGCAAAAAAAGUUUAAAAACUAGUUUUAAAAGUAAAAAAGUUUUAAAAAAUUUAAAAAUACAUUUAAAAAUGCCCAUUACCACUACACCUGGAACAAACUAGAGAAAAAAAUUAAGGUUCAAAAUAUGCCUUUUGAAUUACCAUAUUAUUCUUUAAUAAAUAGUAUGUGUUUGUGGGGAAGUUUCAAUAACCAACCAGCUAAACUACUCCAAAAUUAAACAUGGACACAGCAUAAAACUUCAAAGUUUGAAAAAAACUGAAUUGCUGCGUCUCAAAUGUGCCCCUUGAACAUCCACAUAUGCCUGGCAAAGGUACAUACGGGAGUAUUGCUGUACUCAGACAACAUAGCUAAGCAACAUAUGUAGUAUUACACAGUUGUAGCACACAUAAGGUUUGCAAAAUAUACUGUGCUAACUCACUAUGUGUGUCAAAAAGGCAGAAAAAACGCUUGUUACCACUUCACUUGGUACAAACAUUGACAUAAAUUGGUGAAAAAAUGGUGACAAGUUAAGGCACAAUAUACACCACAUAAGAUAUCCUGGGGUGUCUGCUUUGUCAAAUGAAAGCCCUUUGUGGGGUUAUUUGAACAGUCACACUGCUAAAAUACCUUAAAAUGGCCCAUCAAAUCCAUCUACGAAAAUUCUAACUAUAGAAACUGAAAUAGCCUUGUCUUUUAUAUGGCAUUGUAGCUUCACAGAAUAGUGCUGAAUGCAUACAAUGGGGGUAUCGUUAUACUCAGCAGAUGUAGCUGAACACAAUAUGGGGUUCUGUGCAGGAAUAGCACACAGCAGCUUUACGAAAUACACAUUACGAAAACCUUGUUAUAUGUGUAUAUGCCAAAAUAAAGAAAAAACACAAUUUUACUCCAAUAUUUAGCAGAGAUUGGCGAUGAAAUGGCUACGUAAAAAGUGUCAAACUAACCUUAGUUAAAUAGCUUGUGAUGUCUACUUUAUAUAAAAGUAUACUUUUGUGUGGCAAUUUUUUUUCUGUGUUGGCUACUAAACCUACAAGACAAACAUACCAACUUCUAAAAUUGUUGCAAAUUGAAAUUUUAUUUUAGUCCUUGUAUUUUGUGACCUGUAACUUUCAAAAUGAGCUGAAAUCCUAUACAUAUGAUGUACUCUAUAAAUCAAAACACAUAAAUGAAUUUAUUUUGAAUUACUUUUUCUAAGCUGGACAUAUUAUGCACAAGCUAUUAUUGCCAAAACUGUUUUUUUUGUUUGUUUGUUUGUUUUAUAAUUAAUGAGAAUGUAUCUAUGUAUAUGUGACAUCAAAUUAAAGCCCUGUUUGCCCUUUAAAAAAACAAUGUGUAAUAUGUGUUGGUGCAAUAAAUGACAGAGAUGCAAUUUGCGUUUGAACACAAACAGCUAAAUAAUGCAAAAUUGGCUUGUGUCCUUAAGCGUAAGACAAGCUUCUGAAGCUGUGUCCUUAAGGGGUUAAAGAGAUACAUAACAAAGGGAAAGGCUACCAAAGAGAAAAAUAGGCGAAAAUGGGGCAAACAAAUAGUCCAUCCACAGAACAUUCAACAUAUAUAGUCAAGCAGUGUUAAUUUUGGCAGCAAAUUUCAAUUUAGUUUUAGUCAUAGUCUUUUGACUUAAAAGCCAUUUGGUUUUAGUCAUAUUUUAGUCAUCUAAAUCCUUUUAGUUUUAGUCUAGUUUAAGUCGACUAAAUCUCCAGUAGAUUUUAGUUGGCAUGACUAAAAUCUAAUGGGUUUAGUUAAAGUUUCUAUCUCUCUCAUUUGCCCCUUCCACAGCCCCUCUGUGUCUCUUUGUGUCCCCCUAGCCCCAUUUGUGUGUCUCUUCCCCCUGCACCUUGUCUGUUUCUCCCCCAUUCCCUCCAUGCAUCUCAACUCCCACAUGUGUCUGAUUCCCUCAGCCGCCUAUGUGUCUUAAUUCCUACCCCAUCCCUCCACUUGUCUCAUUCACCCUAAACCCCUCCAUGUGCUCAUUUUCCCACCCUAGUCUACACUUGUGUCUCAUUCCCUCAGCCCCCUCAUAUGUCUCAUUCCCUCUGCCCUCUCAUUCCCUCUGCCCCUCAUGUGUCUCAUUCCCUCAGCCCCCUCAUAUGUCUCAUUCCCUCUGCCCUCUCAUCCUUCUGCCCUCUCAUGUGUCUCAUUCCCCCAGCCCCCUCAUGUGUCUCAUUCCCUCAGCCCCCUCAUGUGUCUCAUUCCCUCUGCCCUCUCAUGUGUCUCAUUCCCCCAGCCCCUCAUGUAUCUCAUUGCCUCUGCUCCCUCAUGUGUCUCAUUCCCCAGCCCUCCAUGUGUCUCAUUCCCUCUGCCCUCUCAUUCCCUCUGCCCUCUCAUGUGUCUCAUUCCCCCAGCCCCUCAUGUGUCUCAUUCCCCAGCCCCCUCAUGUGUCUCAUUCCCUCUGCCCUCUCAUUCCCUCUGCCCUCUCAUGUGUCUCAUUCCCCAGCCCCCUCAUGUAUCUCAUUCCCUCUGCCCUCUCAUUCCCUCUCUCCCCUCUGAUCCCUCUGCCCUCUCAUGUGUCUCAUUCCCCCAGCCCCCUCAUGUAUCUCAUUGCCUCUGCCCCUUCAUGUGUCUCAUCCCCCCAGCCCCCUCAUGUGUCUUAUUUCCCCAGCCGCCUCAUGUGUCUCAUUCUACCAGCCCCUAUGUUUCUCAUCCCCCUGGCCUCCUGUGCAUUUAUUUCCAUCUGCCCCCCAUGUGUCUCGGAUCCCCAGUCCUCCAUGUGUCUCAUUUCUUCUCCUCCUUCCCCCAUGUGUCUUACCCGCCAAUGGUAAAUUCAUUUUGGCGGUAAAUUUCAAUUUAGUUUUAGUCAUAGUCUUUUAACUAAAAAGCCAUUUUAGUUUUAGUUGAAUUGUUUUAGUUUUAGUCAACUAAAGCUUAGCCUAGAGUUAAUCUGAAACUGUAUGCUAAGGCUGAAAAUGAAGGUGACCUCCCAGCCAUGAUUUUGUUAGUCUAGUUGUAAUUUUACAAUAGAUUAAUCGGUGAUGUAUUAGUUUUAAGCUUUUCCCAAUUAAGAGUGACUCCUAGUGCAAGCUUGGAUGUUAAUUUUCAGCAUUAAUUGGUGAUGUAUUACUUAACUUUAUCCUUGUAAUUAGAAAGCUUCUACUAUACUACCCUUAAUUUUUGAAAUAUUAUUUAAAAACACUAUUGAUCUAUUCUUUAAUGAUACUAUUGAUCUAUGUAAUAAAAAGCUUCAUUAUUCACCCACUCAAUUUGUUUCAUAUUCUGCAUUCUUGAAACUUACGAAACUAUAGCAAAACAUUUGGAUAUGACUCUUAGCAGAAUUUUUUUUUUACUUUGGCUUGAUUAACAUAUCAAAAGGCCAGAGGCCUGUGCUCUAGCAAAGAAGCAAAAAAUUCCUGAAGCCAUCAGGUCUGUCCACAUGUACAUGUCCUUGGUUGCAAAGUAUCACACCUGGCCAGAGGGAUGUUGGUUUAACAGGAAGGAACAUAAUUCACAGCCCUUCUCCUGUGAUCUAACAAAUGGCAAAUUCCUCUAAACAGAGUAGCCAAAUGAAUACCUCCAGUGCUGUAAUUAGACAUUCCACCCCUAUUAGGUAAACAUUUUAUGGAUCCAUUACACAUAUCACAGUUAUGGACAAUAUUUUUUCCGAUAAGACAAUUAUUCAUGAUCGCUGGUCAUGGCUUAUUGACUCUACCACACACAGGUUGGAUGACGGGAAUUCCAUUGAAGUGCCUAUAAAACUUUAGACUAGAUAAUAAUUUUGUGUUUGUUUUUGUUUGUUAGUGGUUUUGAACUUUGUCUGGUAUUCCAUGUUUCAAUAUCAGGUUAAAACCAGGCUUAAGUUUUGCCAUCGUCAUUGGCAUCGUCAUUAACGACACAAUCUUGACAUUGUCAAACAACAUUUUUAAGAUUACCUAACAGGUGGAAGGUUAUCAGCAGUAUUGACAACAGGUGAUACGUGUGGAAAUAACUUCAACAAAACAAGAGAGUAAUGCCUGAUAAUUCCUUACUUUAUCGCAUAGACCUUUUGUUGGACCAGAAUGGAGAGACUCUGGUUUGGGUUGUUUGAGCUGCCUUCAAUAGUGAACUAAAAGCGCUCAAAGCCUACCAUAUCUAUUUCAGCAUUGAUAAAUGUUUGUUUAUUAAGGCAUGUUAUUUAAAGUAGAAAUUUUGGAUUUAGUAGACAUUGUGUAUUGCUUGAGUUAUCAUUUUUAGAUUUAACGUGUACUGUUAUGUUUUUAUUUGUUAUAAAAAAAGUGUUGUCAGUGGUUUAUCAAGUUAUUUUGUUAUGUUAAAUUGUAUAACAUUAGUGUUUAUUUAAAAAAAUAUAUAUUUCAGUUUUGUGUUAUAAAAAUUAAAGAAGGACAAUUAAAAGUGCUUCCAUUUAAAAUGUCUGCUCUUGGUGACUUUCUGAAUAUUGCAGGUGCACACAUAAAACAGAUGUGAUCAAUUAAUGUGUGAAUAAUUUUUUGCAGGUAAAUGUGUAAUCAGUUAAUAUGUUAAUAUUUUUUUGCAGGUGCACACAUGAAACACAUAUUGCAGGUACACACAUGAAACAGAUGGGUUGAAUUAAUGUGUGAAUAAUUUUUAUCCAGAGUGAAUUUGAUCACUCAAGCCUCACUGAAUAACCCUUUCCCGACAUGUGCUCUGCCAUCCUACAAAAGGAGGGCUUUAACGUUGUUAGGGCAGCAUUGCACGCCCUAAUGAUUAAGCUCUCUCUGCAGCCUGUAUACUUGCCUGAUCUGAUCCGGAGGACUGCCUGACAAGAUCACAUGACUCGGAUCAGUGUGAUUGACAGACUGACUGCACUUGGAUUGCCUGGGUUGUCAGGCAGAUCCCCAACAUAUACCUAAUACAAAUAAUAUGAUAAUAUGAUUAUGCACAAAUAACAGAUAUAUAUAUAUAUAUAUAUAUAUAUAUAUAUAUAUAUAUAUUGCUGUAGAAGUGCUACACUACUUUUAGUUCUUUUUGGUUUUACGUUUGGUGUUGGGAAAACACUAUAAAGUAUAUAUUAGUUUAUUAAAUUAAAUAAAUAGAAUUACAAUAAGUAAUUGAAGCACUUUUUUAACAUAUAAAAUACAUUUAGAAUGAAAUUAUAUAUAUUAUUUAAUCCUAAAUGUAUUUUGUAUAUUAUUUAUAAAUAAUUAUACUAUAAAUUAUAUAUUGGGGUACCUGGCUGACAAUCCAGGCAGAAGUACCAGAGAAUUUAAUGUGCGAAUACUCUAUAUUUGACCCUGUAACUUUCCAAAACCUCAUAAAACCUGUACAUGGGGGUGGGGGCAUAUUGUUGUACUCGUGAGACACCGUUUAACACAAAUAUGAGUGUCUUAAAGUAGUCAAAUAUAUAAUGACGAUGAGAUCAUCAGUGAAAGUGCCGUUUUAGUGAUAAAAACAACAACAAAAAACAAAUAUGAAUGCUAAAUUUGGCCAGGGUUUUUGACUAAAAAACUAAAAAAGACUGGACAUAUCCCAUUUUGAAUACCCUGAGUUGUCUACUUUUGCAAAUGGUAUGCCGUGAUGGGUUAGCUCUCAUUCCUUGGCUGUCAUAUGGCUGCCAUAGGCCCAGCACCCAAUCUGGCAAACUGAAAUGGGCAAACUCUUUAAUUGACUCUGUAAUUCUUUACAUGACAAAAGUGUUGUUGAAUUUUGGACAGUUGUGUUUAUAUAGUUUGCAGCCGAAAAAAGCUUUGACAAUUAUCAAAUUUAUAGAUUGUGAACGUUGUGGAUGUUAAGUAUUUUCCUUUAUUUUUUUGUUACCGUGGUAGUUCUGUAAAAAAAACUGCCUAAUACGAGCCUUGUAUCUAAUGAUACAAUAGGCAAGGGAGGUAAAAUCUAUUAGUGGUCUAUUAGUGGUCCCCAAGUGGGAAAUGUAACACAAAGGAAAAACCAGGAAAAAUCAAAGUCACAAACUUAAACAUAUUUCAUUUAUACUAAUGCAUUUUACUGUUAACGUUAGUGUUUAUAUUAAAAAAAAUAUUUCAAUUUUGUGUUAUAAAAAUUAAAGAAGGACAAUUAAAAGUGCUUCCAUAUAAAAUGUCUGCUCUUGGUGACCUUCUGAAUAUUGCAGGUGCACACGUGAAACAGAUGGGAUCAUGAUAGAGCACACAUUACAUAUAUAUAUAUAUAUAUAUAUAUAUAUAUAUAUAUAUAUAUAUAUAUAUUGUUUUUUUUGUAGUCACUGACAUUUUUAGGCACAUUUUUCUUUCCACUUGCAUUGCCCGCGGCUUUAAACUUAAUAGCACAUUGCAAAGUCAUAUAAAUAGUGCAUCUGUUUUUAGCUCUAUUGAAUUCAUGAAAAUCCUUUAAACUAUGUAGAUAAGAUUCAAAUCAGUAGAGUGGAACCUGACUCAAUAGUAUAGAAGGUGUGACACCCAGGUUUCUCAGUAAAAAAUAUUCAAUCAGUUCUCACCCUUUUCAAUGUAAGCAAACUUUUUAUUGCACAUUGUUAUUUUUUCAGUAAAGCCGAUUUGUUUUGUGUUCUUAAUUUUCAAUGUUCUAUUGUUGAAUUAAAGGGCUAGUCCAUCCAACAACCAACAUGUCUUUAAUACUAUACCUAUCAUCCUUCCAACCUUCCACCUCUCCCGAAUAUCUGUUCUGUUGCUCUAAAGCAGCUAUGCCAUUUUUAGUUUUUUUUGCAUAAUUUACAAAGACAUGGGGUCAACCAAUCUGCUAUAAUAUUUCUAAUUCUUGAAAUGAUUUAUGCAAUUCUGAAAUUUUCUAGCAGCUUGGUGUUCGAUUUAACUGAUCACUUUGAUUAGUCAUUUAAUGCCAUUCAUAUUUUUGUUUUACAGAAAUUUAAAAGGCGACACUUGCUCUCAUAGAAUGCACCCACGGAGGUGGGCCAUGAUGGCCCUGUUAUUUGCUGGUGAGUAUCUUAUAGAAGAAAAAGGCAGUUACUAAGAAACAAUAUUCUCUUUCAUUUUUAUGCAUUUUGUUAAGCAAAUAUAAACCAUCAGGAAGGAGUCACUGUAUACAUAGGUGAAGAAUAGUUAAAAUGCUGUUGUUGGUAAUGCAUUGGCCAAGAUGUGGGUGUGGAAAGGCAAUACAUCUCCUGAAUCAGGUUGGCCUUAAUUGGUCAUGCAACUACUUUAGGUCUGACAUAUGAGUGAGGAUUUAUCAAUGUGUGCAAUAAAAGUGAUGCAAUAGGCUACAAACUGUGCCAAUCAGCAUGAAAACCAAUAAAAUCAGUAAGUGCAUUCUAUUGAUAAUUAAUUUGUUUUAUAACUUUACCGCAAUUUGCAGCUUAAAUUUAAUUUUAAUAAGUAUCCUCUCUUAUUCAUUAAAGUGGUCGGGGUGCAGUAUCCCAGGUUCCUUAACUGUCAUGCCAAACUUACCUUUCCCUAAUCGCUUCCUCUUCUCUCCCUCUUUCAAGAUCUGUUCUUUUUUUCCUAUCUAAUCUAGUUUUCUUUAAAACAUAAGGCAAAGUACGGACUACUUUGUCUUAUGUAUUUUUCCUACGCUUGACCAGCUCUUACCCACUUCCUGAGGGUCAAAUACAUUUUUCCACAAUACUCACCCUUUCCUCCGUGAUCUCUCAAUGCCUGCUUAAACCAACUAAUCAGAGCGCUCUGAGUCAAAUUGCAGGGCCUUGGAAGGCUUUCCCUGCCCUGCAGAGCUCAAGCUGCACGGUGCCCUCGCUGGGUGAAGAUGGAUUAUUUUUUUUUGCACUCGGGUCUUUUUUUAUUUUACACGUUCGACAGGCUUAAUGGAUUUUAAUUUGGCCUUUUUUGUGGUUGAAAAAAGUAAAAAAAAAAAAAAAGAAAAAGAAAUCAAAUGGUAAGCAUUUUUAUUUUUUUUAUUUACAGGUAUUUAGUUGUAUUGUUCCGCUUCACUAUUUUUAGGGUGAGGGGAGUAGUUAGGGCUUUAUUUUAUUUUUUAUGGGUAAGUGGGGUGACAUACGAACGGCGGCUACUGGCAUUUGGUGAUUUGUUCGGUUGUCGAACAGAAUACUGUUAGUAUGGGAGGUGAAUGCUAUUUACCGAACAACCAUGCGACCAGGGCAAAUAGCAGUAAAUCCAGGGACAAGGUGAUCUGUCCCACACACAAAAUCUGAGUAAAACAUAUGAAAUAACAGGGGGAAGGAUACGGACAGCCCAUAGAGGGAAUUAAGAGUAAUGUCCACAUGUUCAUUCUGCUACAAAUAGGUCCCCCCAUUGUCUUUUAGGCCCCAACCACUGCUCAUGGGUGGGGGCCGGGGGGAGGUAAUAGGUCCUCCCCCACCAUUGUCUUUUAGGGCCCCAGCCCCCCACCCACUGUUCAUGGGUGGUGGCCGGGGGGACAAUAGGUCUCCCCCAUUGGCUUUUAGGGCCCACACCCGCCGCUCAUGGGUGGGGGCCAGGGGUUCAAUAGGUCCCCCCCUCAUAGUCUUUUAGGGCCCCCACCCUCCACUCAUGGGUGGAGACCCGGGGGAAACAAUAGGUGUCGUCCCCCAACCACCACACAUGGUUGGGGGCCGGGGGGAGGCAGUAGGUCCUCCCCCCAUUCUCUUUUAGGGCCCACACCCACCGCUCAUGGGUGGGCCCCAGGGGGAUCAAUAGGUCCCCUCCUCAUAGUCUUUUAGGGCCCCCACCCGCCGCUCAUGGGUGGAGGCCCGUGGGAAAACAAUAGGUGUGUCACCCAACCGCCACUCAAUAGGCAAUAGGUCCUCCCCCCAUUGUCAUUUAGGGUCCCCACCAGCCGCUCAUGGGUGGGGGCCAAGAGGGAGUCCAAAAUGGAAAGUCUUGUGGGGUGUUCUUGGUUAGUGAGGAAGGAAAACUGGCAUCAGGGUCAUGGGCACCCAAGGCUCACUGAUGCAUACAGAAGAUCUACAGUUGCUCAUAUUCCUGAAAAACAUAAUGCUGGCCAUGAUAGAUAGGUGUCCAAUCAAACCAUGCAUCACAGUUUGCUGCGUAUGGGGCUGCUCAACUGUAGACCGGUCAAACUACCCAUAAUGACCACUGCUGAAAGCACCUUCAAUAGGGACAUGAGUGUCAGAUUUGGACCAUGGAGCAAUGGAAGAAGGUUACCUGGUCUGAUGAAUCAUGUUUUCUUUUAGAUCAGAUGGAUGGCCGGUUGUGUGUGCAUUGCUUUCAUGGCAAUGGUGUUCCCUGAUGACAGAGAUGCCUGCCACACUUGAAAAUUGUUCAGGAAAGGUUUGAGGAACAUGACAAAGAGUUCAAGGUGUUUCCUUGGUCUAAACAUUCCUCAGAUCUCAAUGUGCAUGAGCAUUUGUGCAGUGUUCUGGAAUAACAAAGCUGGGCAAUGCAAAUAGUGCUGCUAUUCCUUGCAGUUACCUUGAGUUUGUUUCCAAGACUGGGUAAUUUUAGCUUGUUUUCCUGUAUGUGUAAAUAAGUAUUUUUCCAGUCAUAAGUGUCCUUGAAAAAAAAUGUAAUUCAUAUGUAUAGAAUAUCAAAUUUGGAUAUAUCUUUUUUUUAAAUAUUAUAUAAUGUUGCUUUGUUUACAGUGUCAUUGGCAAAUACUACUGAUUUCUCAAGCACAGCUACUACCUCAAAUGAUUCAGCUUCAUCAUCAUUUACAUCAAAUGGGACCUCUGUAUCCAGUACAAUUCUACCAUUAUCAGAGACCUCAACUAACACAACUUCUUCAUUAUCUGAAUCAGCUAUUCUCAUUAACACAACUUCAUUAGCAGUAACUAUAUCUUCCACCAACUCUUUAGUACCAGCUUCAUUGUCCUCAACCAUUACAGAGUCACUACCAACUACAUUUGCCUCAACCAACACAGGAUCCUUAAUAGUUACAGCCUCCUCACCAAACUCAAAUUCCUUACCAGUCACAGACUCUUCAACCAGCACUGGUUCAUUGCCAGCCACAACUUCCUCAAACAAUAUAACUUCUUUACCAGUUUCAGAACCCUCAAACAACUCAACUUCCUUAACAGUCACAGCCUCCUUAGGCAAUACAACUUCCUUACCAGUUUCAUCCCUCUCAAACAACGCAACUUCCUUACCAGUCACAGCCUCCUCAAAUAAUACAACUUCCUUACAAGUCACAGACUCCUUAAACAAUGCAACUUCAUUACCAGUUUCAGCCCUCUCCAACAAUGCAACUUCCUUACCAGUCACAGCUUUCUCAAACAAUACAACUUCCUUACCAGUCACAGCCCCCUCAAACAAUACAACUUCCUUACCAGUCACAGCCUCCUCAAACAAUACAACUUCCUUACCGGUCACAGCCUCCUCAAACAAUUCAUCUUCCUUACCAGUCACAGCUUUCUCAGACAAUACAACUUCCUUACCAGUCACAGCCUCCUCAAACAAUGCAACUUCCUUACCAGUCACAUCUUCAAACAAUACAAUUUCCUUACCAGUCACAGCCCCCUCAAACAAUACAACUUCCUUACCAGUCACAGCUUUCCCAAACAAUACAGUUUCCUUACCAGUCACAGACUCCUCGAACAAUGCAACUUCCUUACCAGUUUCAGCCCCCUCAAACAAUGCAACUUCUUUGCCAGUCACAGCUUCCUCAAACAAUGCAACCUCCUUACCAGUCACGGCUUCCUCAAACAAUACAACUUCCUUACCAGUCACAGACCCCUCAAACAAUAUAACUUCCUUACCAUUCACAGCUUCCUCAAACAAUGCAACUUCCUUACCAGUAACAGCCCCCACAAACUAUACAGCUUCCUUACCAGUCACAGCUUCCUCAAACAAUACAACUUCCUUACCAGUCACAGCCUUCUCAAACAAUGCAACGUCCUUACCAGUCACUUACUCCUUAAACAAUGCAACUUCCUUACCAGUAACAGCCUUCUCAAACAAUGCAACUUCCUUACCUGUCACAGCUUCCUCAAACAAUACAACUUCGUUACCAGUCACAGCAUUCUCAAACAAUGCAACUUCGUUACCAGUCACAGCCUUCUUAAACAAUACAAUUUCCUUACCAGUAACAGCCUUCUCAAACAAUGCAGCUUCCUUACCAGUCACAGACCCCACAAACCAUACAGCUUCCUUACCAGCCACAUCCUCCUCAAACAAUGCAACUUCCUUACCUGUAACAGACCCCUCAAACAAUACAACUUCCUUACCAUUCACAGCUUCCUCAAACAAUACAACUUCCUUACCAGUCACAGCCUUCUCAAACAAUGCAACGUCCUUACCAGUCACUUACUCCUCAAACAAUGCAACUUCCUUACCAGUCACAGCCUCCUCAAACAAUACAACUUCCUUACCAUUCACAGCCUCCUCAAACAAUACAACUUCCUUACCAGUCACAGCCUUCUCAAACAAUGCAACGUCCUUACCAGUCACAGCCUCCUCAAACAAUGCAACGUCCUUACCAGUCACUUACUCCUCAAACAAUGCAACUUCCUUACCAGUCACAGCCUCCUCAAACAAUACAACUUCCUUACCAUUCACAGCUUCCUCAAACAAUACAACUUCCUUACCAGUCACAGCCUUCUCAAACAAUGCAACGUCCUUACCAGUCACUUACUCCUCAAACAAUGCAACUUCCUUACCUGUCACAGCCUUCUCAAACAAUGCAACUUCGUUACCAGUCACAGCCUUCUUAAACAAUACAAUUUCCUUACCAGUAACAGCCUUCUCAAACAAUGCAGCUUCCUUACCAGUCACAGACCCAACAAACCAUACAGCUUUCUUACCAGCCACAUCCUCCUCAAACAAUGCAACUUCCUUACCUGUAACAGCCCCCUCAAACAAUACAACUUCCUUACCAUUCACAGCUUCCUCAAACAAUACAACUUCCUUACCAGUCACAGCCUUCUCAAACAAUGCAACGUCCUUACCAGUCACUUACUCCUCAAACAAUGCAACUUCCUUACCUGUCACAGCCUUCUCAAACAAUGCAACUUCGUUACCAGUAACAGCCUUCUCAAACAAUGCAGCUUCCUUGCCAGUCACAGACCCCACAAACCAUACAGCUUCCUUACCAGCCACAUCCUCCUCAAACAAUGCAACUUCCUUACCGGUAGCAGCCCCCUCAAACAAUACAGCUUCCGUUCCAGUCACAGCUUCCUCAAACAAUACAACUUCGUUACCAGUCACAGCCUUCUCAAACAAUACAGCUUCCGUUCUAGUCACAGCUUCCUCAAACAAUGCAACUUCGUUACCAGUCACAGCCUUCUUAAACAAUGCAACUUCCUUACCAGUCUCAGCUCCCUCAAACAAUACAACUUCCUUACCAUUCACAGCUUCCUCAAACAAUGCAACUUUCUUACCAGUAACAGCCCCCACAAACCAUACAGCUUCCAUUCCAGUCACAGCUUCCUCAAACAAUACAACUUCCUUACCAGCCACAGCUUCCUCAAACAAUACAACUUCGUUACCAGUCACACCCUUCUCAAACUAUACAGCUUCCUUACCAGUCACACCUUCCUCAAACAAUACAACUUCCUUACCAGUCACAGCCUUCUCAAACAAUGCAACUGCGUUACCAGUCACAGCAUUCUUAAACAAUGCAACUUCCUUACCAGUAGCAGCUCCCACAAACCAUACAGCUUCCUUACCAUUCACAGCUUCCUCAAACAAUACAACUUCCUUACCAGUCACAGCUUCCUCAAACAAUACAACUUCCUUACCAGCCACAGCUUCCUCAAACAACGCAACUUCCUUACCAGUCACAGCUUCCUCAAACAAUGCAACUUCCUUACCAGUCACAGCUUCCUCAAACAAUGCAACUUCCUUACCAGUCACAGCUUUCUCAAACAAUACAACUUCCUUACCAGUCACAGCUUCCUCAAACAAUGCAACUUCCUUACCAGUCACAGCUUCCUCAAACAAUACAACUUCAUUACCAGUCACAGUCUCCUCAAACAAUGCAACUUCAUUACCAGUCACAGUCUCCUCAAACAAUGCAACUUCCUUACCAGGCACAGUCUCCUCAAACAAUGCAACUUCCUUACCAGUCACAGCCUCCUCAAACAAUGCAACUUCCUUACCAGUCACAGCCUUCUCAAACAAUACAACUCCCAUAGCAGUCACAGCCACAUCCAGUCGCACACUGUCAUUAACAGCUUCUUCAGGAUCAGUAAUCAGUAACACUACUACAGCUGGUACUACAUAUACCACAAUAGUAUCCACUACAAUUGCCACUGCUUCAGUCCCUUUGGAUUUUAGAAUUACCAGUAUUCAAUUUACGGACAACCUAACAAACCCUGAUUCUGACGAAUAUAAGUCACUGAAGAACAAUGUGGAAGAUGGGGUAAGGAUAUGGAAAGAUACAUGCUAAAGUAUAUUAUUUUAUCAUUUUAACAUUUAUACAUAUUAUAACCUGUGAAGUACAUGUAUGUGACAUUUAUUCCUCGUCGAUAGCCACAGAAGAGGCAAUCAUUAUGAGAUAGAGAGAGAGAGAGAUACCUAUAGACUGUAAGCUCGUUUGAGCCAGGUCCUCGUCAACCUAUCGUUCCUGUAAGUUUUCUUGUGAUUGUCCUAUUUAUAGUUAAAUCCCUCCCUUAUAAUAUUGUAAAGCGCUACAGAAUCUGUUUGUGCUAUAUAAAUGGCAAUAAUAAUUAUUAAUAAUAAUAAUAGAUUAAUAAAAAUAGAUAUUAACAUAAGAGGAUAUGUAUUCUCCCCUAAAAUUGGGCUGUUCACAUUUUUAGCACAGUUAGCAAAUCAGAAAGAAUUUUCAUUAGUCAUAUUCUAAUUGCUGUAACAUCCAUUAUAUUUUGUUAUUGGAACUAUCUAACUAUCCCUACAAUAGCAGAGGUUCUUUCACUAAUAUUUGAAAGUAAAUGUUAUGAAAUAGUCAACAGACAAUUUACACCAUUUCCAGAACUAAAACAGGAUUAAUGGGAAAAUAAUAUUAAAAAGAAACACCAAGUGUAAUGCAUUGUUUAGAUUAUUAAAAUCCAUGGUCUUUUUUACAAUUUUAUUUGUAUACACUAUAUUGUUAAACCUCUUUAAGUACAUAUUUUAUUGGUUAUCAAAUGUUUCAGAAUACAUUUAUUUUAGUUUUUCUAGCCAGAGAUCCCUAUAUUUUUCUUUCACUUUGAAAUAGUAACUUGGAACAUAUGAAUAGAUGUAAAACUAGGAAUGGCUUCUUUAAGAAAGAUUUCAUUGGUUACCCUUAUACAGUAUCUGUACCAUGAAAUAAUACCAUCUUUCGGCUAUCCAUUUGAAUUUGCAGAUGAAUAGCAGAUGUUGCACUUUUUUAUUUUUUUUAUUUUAUUCUUUAUUUUUGCUGUGUGUGAAAUAGCAUUCGUAUGUCAACAAUGCCGCAGCAGCAUUUGCAAACAGUUGAAGAAAAAAAAAAAAAAACAACCACAUAUUCGUUAACUGCUCUACAGCAUUCAGGUUAUAUGCACAAUUUUUGGUUAGUAAUACAGGCUAGGUACAAGCUGGGUAACUAUGUUUGUCAUAAGGAAUUAUUUUGUCGAUUAAUAACAGUAGUUUAAAAAUAGUGUUUAUGUAGAGUGUCGUCGCUUAAUUAGCAAGAUAUAUUCUGUCUCACUGUGGAGUCACUAUGUUAAACUUAAGCGUGUGUACAGUCGCUUUUAUAAGUUUAGUAGUUUAGUAAGGGUGCAAAUACAAUGAGAGAGUAGAAUGGCAUGUAGUGAACACAUUAAGCUUAACCGUCUGAGUGUAUUUCCAGUCGCGGUCAUUUGGGUAAGCAGGUCAAACACUAAGCGUGAAGUCCUGAGACUAGCCCAUCUGGAUCGUGUUAGUUUAUCUGGGCUUCUCGUUGUGUGUGCCCAGCAAGCGCGCGUCCCAGCGCCAUCGUGAAACAAGGCUGGUAUCUCUAGGUGCAGUCCCUGGGUUCCCAAUCUGUAGUGUCAGUCCACUCCGGUGUUUGGUAGGCGCCUCUUGUGCCCCAGUGGCGUCCUCCUGCGCUGUUUCGUUGGUCUGUGGCGGUGGUUAUGGUGACUUAGGUCCAGGCUGGAUUAUAUAGGUUGUUCCUGCUUGGGUGGAGGGUGAGUGGCUUGUUGUUUCUGUCCCUCUGGCUUGUUUCAGGUAGUUCUAGGCUCUAUUGGUCUAUGGGGGAAUGCUUUAUAAGGUUUGGUCAGUGGGGUUCCGCUUUGUGUAUGCCCCAUUUCUCCCUGCUUGAUUGAUGCCCCUGGCCUGUACCUUGAUUUGCCCAGUGUAGUUUACCAGCAUAGCCUUGGGACGGGCUGCCAUGGUGGUCUGACUGUUUCUCCUCAAGCAGUUCGAUCUUACAGGCCUUUUGCGCACAUGGCUGGCGGUGGCCAUCUUGUGGAGCUUUGCCCAGUGGAUUUCUCUGGCCAGGGCGGUUGUUUGGGCCCAGCUUAGGGUGGUGUGUGGUGCCCUUGCAGACCGGGAUAGCCCCCCCCCGGUCCAGAGGGGGGGGGGGAGCAACACGCCUGCCGGAGACCCGGGACAGCGUCCGUCUUGUCCCGGCUCAAGCUCCAGCGAGAACUUGUCCCUUGUCGGGUUUCUGUCGGUGCCGAGUAGGGUCUUGGGCUUUAUCCCCACGUACUCCUGUGUUUGGGGGUCGGAGUAGUCACCGUUGUGGCGCUAAGUUUGCGGUUGGCCCCCAAUUUGCUCCAAUUUUCAGGCCCUGGAGUGGGAGCUCAAACAGAGCACGUCUGAUCCCGUCGGCGGUCAAGCCCCGCCCCCGAUGUUGCACUUUUUAAUGCCAUUUUAAAACUUUAUUUUCAUUGUGCUACUUUUUGCUAUAAUUUUUUUUGUAGUAAUACUUUAUAAUUAUACCUUAUCUUUACAUAUCAUAUUUUCUUGCAGCUGACUCCUGUUUACAGAAGCAAAUUCAGUAACUUUCAAAGUGUCCGGGUCACAAACUUCAGGUAAUUAAGGAUUAACUUGGUUAUAAUGCUGAAAUAAAAAAUCUGAACAUCUGUAUAAAUUAUAUACGAUACAUUUCGGGUGGGAAAACAUGAGAAAUAAAGAUAAAAAAUUGUAAUAAAAAAUGUAGUUGAUGGUUAUAAAGCAUGAACUUUUUCCAUUGCACUUUAUAAUGGGUAAGAAUACAGAAAAGUAUUUGCAACAAGUCAUGUCCGUCAAACAUGAUCAAGAGAUAGUGAGGAUUCUACUCAAACAAGUUUAUAUUCUACAGGGAGAGAGGGUCUAUUUACACAACUAAUGGUUAACCGCAGUCUGUUAAAACUAAUGAUUGAUUGGUGGGUGCAUUCAUAAUUAAAAUAUUUAAAGAGAGUAGAAGAAGCUGUAAUUAGUGAAAACAAAUUCAAGAUAAGUCAAAGAAAAUGCCCACUCGCAAUUUGUUUUCCCUUCCUAAAGAAGUGGGGUAAAGGGUUACAUUUUCUUAAAAGGCGAAAGAAAGGGGAAAGGCUAUUUGGGCUGGAUAGGGAAUUUCGUAAGAACAAUGCAGCCCUAUAGAAGAAUUUUGUAAGAAUAGUCCAGACCUAGAGAAGUCUUGUUGGUGAGAGUCAGUGGGCAAAUGUGAACAGAGGAGGUCAAAAGAAAGGCAGAAGAUCAUAGAGUUUGGGAUGGGACAUAUUUGCUUUUUAUGGAAGAUCUGAAGUGUGGAGAGCUCACAUGAAUACAUAUAUUUAAAAUUAGAAUUAUUAAGCAAACAAUUUGUGUCAGUGUUAAUUUAUUAUUAUUUAAAAAAGAGUGGGCAGUUUUUAUAACUCAUAGAUGAAAUUUUGAAAUAUGCUGGUUGGUGCACUCAAUGUGAUAUGUAUCUUGUAUAUAUUAAUGACGUCUGUUUGCUACAACAAUUGUUGUUACUUAUUUUAGCCUUUAUCUGAGCCUAUAUCUGGUGCCUCCAGUCUCUGAUUUUAAGGAACCCACAGUAGGUAAUGAGAUAUUUUUGUUUAGACAUCCUCUCACCAAGCACAAAUGCUGGGAGUCUGGGUCUACUUGUGGGCCAACACAAUGAAGACUGAAAGUAAAAAAUAUUACAUAACCCAUUUAUGUUUAAAUGUCUUCUCAUUAAUAACCUCUUGUAACUUUUUUUUCUCAUAGUAAAGGCUCAGUGAUUGUUACCUCUGAGCUUCAAUUUAACGUCACAUCCGAAUCAGCACCCACUCCAGAUAACACAGUGCGUGCUAUGGUUAGCAGCCUAGGAAGUAAUUCAUCUGUUGGGACUUUUCAACUAGACCAAACCAGCAUCACUUCUAAAGGUAAGCGUGAUACCCCCUGGCUAAACCACAACCACUGUGUUUCAUGAUCAAAUAAGGAUAUAACAAUGUCCUACCCCAGAGUUCAGUGUUCUGGCAAGUUUCUAGCAUGGGCAUAGAUCAUGUGGUAUAAAUAUCUAUUGACUUAUAUAGCGCAUAAACAGGUUCUACUCCUAUGUGCUCAGCACAGGACAGACUGGAUAAAUUUUUGAUGGAUUUGCCUUUCUAAGAGGUACUCUUAAGGGGACAGUAUAUGCAACAUGAAUGGGUUACAUCCCUGUGAGGGUUUUAUUUUUAUUUUUUUGUCCAACAAUUCGGGUAUGAUUUUACAAAACAAAACAGUUCUCACCCAGAGAACCCUACAUUGGUAAUGGAGAAUUUACACUGAAAAAAAGCAUUUAAUGGUGUCCAUAACCUGUAGUGGCUAUGUUACUUCGAGCCCCUCAUUUAGGGUUUUGUGUUUUGAAGUGGUCAUGGUGCCUGGAGUUUGUAUGUGCAGAGUUUUUCUUUGAAGCCCUCCAAAUGCAGAAUUCAACCUCUUCACUGCUGAAGGGGUAACCUCACCUCCGGCUGUGUCAUUUUCCAGCCUGGAACAAGAGUCCUGGCUGAUUAAUGUCAGUUGUGCGCGUAGUAGGCAUCAGUUGUCAUUACGCACAGCAUGCUGAAGACCGGUGUAAAAUGGAAGCACGGCCCCCUCUUCCUACCGCCCAUAUCCUGGCCCUCCUCUUUCUAUAUCCCUCCAUUUGCAGCUAGGGGAGUGACAUCAGAGGAAGAGGGGAAUAUUUGGCCUCAUUAACAGAACCCAGGUAAGUUUUAGCUUUCUAUUUUAUUUUAUUUUUAAACCUCGACCGGGGGUAACAGGAUUUUCUUAAAACAUUGAUUUGUUAUUGGAGUACACAUUUAAAGAUAUCCUUAAAUGAUAUGUGUAUGUCCCUAGUCUUCAAUCAUUUAAGAAGGGCCUUAAAACCCAUCUCUUCAGGAAAGCUUAUGGCCUCCCAGAGUAAUCUCUACCUUACAUACCUGUCUCCUGCUCUCUCCUAUGGGACAGUGCUUUGCUCUCUCCUCCAGCUCUGCUUCACUCCUACUUGAUAUUUAUUGUCCUAAUGUUUCAAAUACCCCACCUCCAAUAGUCUGUAAGCUCGUUUGAGCAGGGUCCUCUUCAACCUAUUGUUCCUGUAAGUUUUCUUGUAAUUGUCCUAUUUAUUGUUACACCCCCCCUCUCAAAAUAUUGUAAAGCGCUACGGAAUCCGUUGGCGCUAUAUAAAUGGCGAUAAUAAUAAUAAUAAUAAUAUGCGCAAUAUUGUCCAUUUGUUUAAUACACAUGUUAUAUUUUUAUUUAUGCCCACAGAUGUCAAUAUAAGUAAUUUGUCUCCUCUCAAUGUAAGUGUCAGCUGUGUUCUUGUAAGACCAUUUAACGCGUCAGAAACAGGGGACCUGAAGACUCAGAUUGUGGCAUGGGUAUGUUAUGUUUCAGUAUUAAAGUAUAACACCUGGUAACAACCAAUCAAAACAUGGCUUAUUAGAAGCUCCACAGACAUUCUCUGAAAAGAAUUCCUAACGGAAUGAAUUUCCUACUCUGACUGAUUUAGAGACUUUGGGUUCUUUUCAAAUUGUAGGGAAUUACAGACUUUUAUUUUUAGAGAAAACUCUAAUUUGGCUACAGUCAUAGCUUGCCAGUUUUAGCUGAUAAAUUGCAAUUGGUUUUCAAGUAUGAAGAAAAUAAACUCCCAAAUUAACUGAACUAUCAAAACUAAUCAUCUUUAAACUGACCUAAAUUAGUAUUGGAUAUCGUGAAAUAGCUUCAAGCUCAUGAAUUUGCUCAGUGCCUCACUGUAGAACAUUUCCAAAGUGAGUAGCAUAUAUAAAUAAAAUAAACAAUUGCUUACAAUAUUUACAUUCCAGGAUUUAAAUGUUUGACACUGACAUCCACUUGAGCAGGGGCACCCAAGAGGUAGAUCCCCAGAUGUUUUAAGACUACAGCUUCCAUGACACUUUGUCGUUCUAAAGGCAUGUGAAGCAUUGUGGGACUUGUAGUUUUAUCAUAUCUGGGGAUCUAUCUUUUUGGCACUCCUGCACUAGAGGCUCUCCCUCCGAAAAAUAGCCAAGUAAAACUGCUUUUUCUAUCAGUUGGUCUCAAAGAGGGAUGAUUAAUGCCUCCAUCAACCUGACUAGCUGGAAUGCUUCACACAGACUAUACACAUAUCUUACCUGCAAAUGGCUCUGUCAAAAGACAUAAACAUGUUUUUAAAAAAUGGUAACAUUUUGAAAAUAUGUUUAAAGUGACACUCUCUGGACCCCUGAGAAAAGGUUCAUAUGUGAAGAGUGUGUUUUGUUUUAUUCAUUUUACAAAAAGUGCAUUUUCCAAUAAAACUAGGCAGUUUUAAUAAUUAACCUUUUUACACCUCAUGGCUUUCAAUCAGCCAAUCGGUUAUGUUACCAUACGUAUCCUGUUGGCACUCAGUAUACAAGCAUAACAGGUCUUCUAUAGUAUCAAUGGGAAAUGGGAAUAUGUUUUGUAUGAAGUAACAAUAUUGAGAAAAUGACUGUUACUUUUGUUUCUCCAGGUGCAGCCAAUUUUACUAAACCUUCUCAAUGGUACAACUGUCUCCACCAUAUUUCUAACCGAGUAAGUGAUACAUAUUCAAGUUCUGUUUGUUAAAAGAUGUUAACCCUGUAAUGUCUGCAUUGUAAAAACACCAAUAUUUCACUGGUCUGAAAACUAGAAAGACAAUGUCCUGUCCAAAAUCUAUCCUGGAAAACAUGUUUAUAAGUAAAUAUAUAGAUAUCUGUUAGUUACCUUUUUUCUAGCACAGAGGUUAAGUCUGUGCAGCCGCCCUCUCCAACACCUUUUUCUACUUUUUGUCCAAUACAGUGCUUCUGUUAGUGUCGAGAAGUGAGUCUGACUUGCUUGUCACAGAGGAAGCACCAUCUUGUAACUUUCAGUGUAACAGUUUAAGCCUUGUAAUGGAAACAUUGCCAUAUCCCUAAAACAGCAAUGCUUUACAUUGCGGGAACAAAACAUCAGGGGCACUGCACCCAUGUCACUUCACUGAGAUAAAGUGGUCUACAGUGGUCUACAGUGUCCUUGUAAAACAAUGUCCCCCUUUACUUUGAAUCAAAAAUGUCCUUUAAGCCAUACUGGCCCGAUCGUACUGCAUAAGGCAGAACCGUAUAAGUGUAUGAUAUUAGAUCUUUUGAAACACUAGGUAAUUAUAACAAAGGAGGAAGCAGUAGGUCUAGGCCAGUGGCGCCCACACGGUAGAUCCCCAGAUGUUGUAGAGCUAGAACUCUGCAAACCUUUGGAAUGCCUUUAGAAUGGCAAUAGCUAUAGUUUUAAAACAUCCCGGGAUCUACUUUUCAGGCAUCGCUGGUCUCGGGCUGGCAAUAAUUAAAUCUUGAUAACAUUGUCUGUAAUACAGAGAGUAAAUGCAUUUUUACGUUUUAUUUUGAAUCAUUUCAGGAAUUCUAGUGGCUGGACCAAUUUUACUGCAUACUUUGCUGUUAACACCCUCCAGCUAUUGAAUAACACUGAUGCUCUGACUACAACUUUAUCAUCUAGAGGAAAUAUUUCCAUUAUACCAGCCAGUCUAACCAUCCAAGGUGAGAUAUUUUGAAUGUCACAGUGUUUUGCUCUCACCACAGUGAAGCAUGUACUCUAACUGGCUUAUACAUUUUAAUAGGGAGCACUUUGACUUUCAAUACUAUUACCAUUGAACCUGGAUUUCUCAACGUGACUCAAACAUCCGACCUCACUAGUAGAAACAGUAGCGGGUUCCAGAAUCUUUCCAAUCUUAUACAGAAAUCGGUAAGCAUCAUAAAAGUAAAUGACUGAAUUUUACCAAAUAGUACUAUAUUUAAAUUGAAUCUGCUAUGUGCAUUUCUGUUUCCUUCAAUGAGCUAUCGUAACAGUGUUCCUUAUUCGCUUCCAAUCUAAUCAGCUGUCAGGCUCAUCCAGGGGUCCUUUAAGGGACACUAGUCGCGUCCACUACAGCUUAAUAUAGUCAGUUCCUGCAGGCUCUCUGCAGAGAAAAGUCAGUGUUUACAUUGCUCCCUAGGGACACCUCCAGUGGCAUAGGAUUAUUUAUAUAGGUUUGCAGUUCAGUCUCUUUGGAUUAGAGGUUGUACUGCAGUAACAGAUCUUUUAUGAUAGAUGCCAAUAUAAUCUGGAAUAUUUGUAAAUCCAAUGUAGGAGUAACGCCGGUAGCAAUAAAUUAAAGUUCAAUAUAGCUUUAAGCAGGUUGGAAGUCAAGUAGGAAUGUAGGGUUGUUCAGGCUGGUAUGGUGCAGGUUUGUAAAUAAAGGAGGAAUGUAGAGUUGUUUAGCCAAGUCUGGAGCAGUUUGGGGAGUAAAGCAGGUUUUGAAGCCAAUAAGGUAAGUCCACAGGUUAUAACAUUGGAGCCAGGAUUUGAAGUCUUUCACGCAAACAUCAACUUCAAUGUCAAGGCCAUGAGGUGAGUUGGGUGUGACCUUUUAUAGGAUCUGAAUUAGUCAAGGCAGGAGAGGAUGAGAUGGGAAUCUCUGUGCUAGAGGUUAGGGAGGCCACUAGUGGCAAAUUAAAUCAGUGCAGGAACUUUGUUUUUAAAGGAACAGAAUAAACAGAACAACAAGUCUUGUUUGUCAUGAUAGGAUCCUGACACAAUGGAAGAUCAGACAAAUUCGGUUUCUUGAGGCACUCUAUUUUUGGACAAUUGAUAUCAAGCAGAAGAAACCAUCAUUACGUCUAUCAACACACUACACAUAUCUAGAUUUACAAUGUAACUAUCCCGUUGUGACAAGGGGCUGGACAACUAAAUUCUUAAAGGAUCACUAUAGGGUCAGGAACACAAACAUGUAUUCCUGACCCUAUAGUGCUACACCCACCAUGUAGGUUCUCUGAAAAGGCAGUGUUUACAUGAAAAUGCCUGACGGGAGCUAUUAUACUCACCAGAACAACUACAUUAAGCUGUCAUUGUUCUGGUGACUAUAGUGUCCCUUUAAAUACGUUGGCAGUUCUCACAAGUCAAUUGUCAUGAAGGUGUUAUAAAGUAACGGUUAUUGAAAUAUAUUAUACAAUAGGUUAGCUAUAAUAUUAUUAAUAAUAUAUAUAUAUAUAUAUAUAUAUAAAACAGUUUCUUCUGGAGCAAAUUACCAGCAUUUCAAAAUAACAUUAGAGGGUUCUAAUCUGUUAAAUGAAUCUGUUGUGUUAGCCAGGAUCUAGAAAUGCAAGUUAGAUGACUUGUAGAAUAAGUUCUGUCCUUUAAAUGCUUAUACAGUUUUCUUCUCUCAUAGUUCAAGAACAUAUUUGGCAGUGAUUUAGUGGAGCCCGUUGUAACCAGCUAUAGGUAUGUAUCUUAUUAAUUUAAUUCGCAAGAGUCAUUUCUUUUUUAAAACUGCGCAAAUUAUUCUAAUUAUAUAUAUAUAUAAAUUAUAUAAUGAUAUAUAUCAUUAUCAAUGUUAUGUCCGUCCAACUGGACAAAAUUGAUUGGUUGACAGCAUGUCACGCACUAAGAGGAAUGCUGCCGUUCUCCUACCUGUCCAGUCGCCGCCCGUCGGGUCCACGUGGUUAUGGGAAUGCCGCCCAUCACUCACCCCUAAUGGUGGCUCCUCCUCCUCUCACAGCGGCCGGGUCUGUAAACAUUACAGAUGACGGCCACUGCAGCUUUCAAGAAUUUAAGGGGGUUUAUGCUUAACCCUUAAAUUGCCAGAUCAAUUUUUAUCUUUCAGGUGUAUCACACACACGCCCUCGAUCACAUGCUUCCCUGUAGCCAAUCAGGGAGCACAUUGGACUAUAUAAGCCUGUUUUGUCUAUUUCUCUGUGCCCUGUCAUGGUUUCCAUUGUGAUUAUCCAAGAGCGCGUUCCUUAUAUUGAUUCUUGUGUAUUUGACCUUAGCUUCCCUUUUGACUAUCCGAUCUCUGUAUUCCUUGACCUUUGAUUUGACUCCUGACUAUUCUGAAUUCUCCAUUCUUUGACUCGUGGCUUGUUCAUCGUUUCUGUUAUUUAUACGUCUUGUCUUUAUCCUGUCUUGUGUUUUUUUUUCCUUUAUACGUUAAAUCCGGCCAUUCUAAGGUCCAGUAAAAUGUCAUAGGAAUUUUUUUCAUAUCUAUUUUCUUCAUAAAUUCUGCGUGUUGGGCAUCAGCUAUUCCUGACACAGCGCUAGGGGUGGUUUAGCCCCAAGCUCUCAGCUAAUCUUUGUUGCCAUUGACACGUAUAAUGCAGAAAUGUUAAAUGUUUACUCCAAACACCAUAACCACUACUGUCUACUAUAGUGGAGUAUCUUGGCAAUAUUCCCCAGUAAAAUUGGCAAACUGUUUCAAAACAGUUGGCCCCCCCAUUAACCUGGUACCGCUGGGCUCUGACAGUCCAAUGAUGGCGGUUAAACCACAUCCAGCUUUUGCAGAGUUACAGAUGCUAGAUGCUGGUCCAGUCAGCAAGUCAUUGGCUAAAUAUCAGCUGAUCACUCUCGUCCAAUGAAUGACAUUCUGUGCAUAGAAAUAUGCACACACCUAUGCUGGCUAAUGAUUUCCCAGUGAUGCUGUUAGAGGUAGAGUCACACAUCCGUCAGAAAAGGGGUUAAACUUCGUAGGUGCCAUUUUUUAUAGCAAAACACUGACACACAUACAGAUUCCAAACACCAUCACCACUUCAAAUCAUUAAAUUGGUCAUGGUGCCUGGAGUAACUCUUUAAUUGUGCAUUAUCAAUAUCCCCAAGAUAGGGAUGGUCUCUGGACAUUUUUAGAUGGUUUGAUAUAAACUGAGAGAUGGCACAAGGGGACUCUAGAAAUUCUUGAUGGAAACCAAGUUUUAACAAUUCCAUCGUGACAAUGAGCUAGAGCCAGGAGUAGGCAACCUUCGGCACUCCAGAUGUUUUGGACUACAUCUCCCACAAUGCUGUUAUAGCCAUAAUGCUGGUAAAACAUCAUGGGAUGUGUAGUCUACAACAUUUGGAGUGCAGGAGGUCACCUGACGCUAAGUUAGACCAAUUCUAUUAUAUAUACUGGCAGCUUCUCUGUGUAGUGAAAACACAGCAGCAUGUAACUUUAUAUAACUUUAUUCAUUACCCACAGGUUAUUGCUCAGUGAUGUUUUGGCCUCUGUGGAUCUUUACUUCCAAAGUAGUGUGAAUAGAACUACGGUUGUAGCUAAAACAGUAGCCAGUGGAGCAGCGUUCACAAACAAUGGUCUCACAUUGGACCCUUUAACAUUAUCUCCUCAAGGUGAGUCAAUACGCAGAGAUUCAGUAUGGUUUGCGUGAUAUUUGUGUUGGAAAAUAAUACCCCAAAAUAUUGGUGAACACCUGGGGUAUGUAGAACCAUUUCUAGCAUGUGCAUAAAUCAUAUGGUAUAUAGCUAUUGACUUAAAGAGCACUUAUAGAGCUACUUCUUUGUACUUGGCACAGGACAGACAGGAUAAACGUUUGAUGAAUUUGCUUUUUUAAGAGGUAUUGUAAAGGGGCAGUUUAUGCAACGAAUGGGUGAGAGCCCCUUGUUUUUGUUUUCAAACAAUUUGGGCACAAUUUUACAAAACAAAACGUACCCAGAGAAACCUACAUUGCUAAUGGAGAAUUUACACUGAAAAAAAUCAUGUGACGGUGUCCAUACCCUGUUGUGGUUAUGUUACUACUAGCCCCCCAUUUAAGGAUUGGUGUUUUGAAGUGGUCAUGCUGCCUGGUGUCUUUAUGAGCAGAGUUUCGCUAUGAAGCCCUGCACAUGCAGAUUUUAACCCAUUUGCUGCUGAAGGGUUACCUCCCCCUCUGGCAGUGUCAUUUGCCAGUCUGGAACAACAGUGCUUGGCUGGUUAAUGUCAGUUGUGUGCGUAUUAGAAAUCAAUUGUCAGUACAAAGCGUGCUGAAGACAGUCAUAAAAUGGAGACACGGCCCCAUCUCCAUGCCACACAUAUCCUGCCCUAAGCCCCUCCUCUAUAUCUCUCCCACUGCAACUAAUGACAUCAGAGGAAGAGGGUUAGGCAGAGGGGAAAAUGUGGCCUCAUUAAUGGAGCAAGGGUACUUUUUAGCUUUCUAUUUUAGUUUAUUUUUGAACUUCGACCAGGGGGGUAACAUGAUUUUCUUAAAACACUGAUUUUUUUAUGGAGUACCACUUUAAAGAUAUCCUUAAAUGAUAUGUGUAUGUAUUCACAAUAUUGUCCAUUAGUUCAAUACAAAUGUUGUAUUUUUUUAUUCCCACAGAUGUCAAUAUAAGUACAACUUCCUUACCACUCACAGCUUUGUCAAACAAUACAACAUCCAUACCAGUUUCAGCUUCCUCAAGCAAUACUACUUCUAUACCAGUCACAGCUUCCUCAAACAAUACAACUUUCAUACCAGUCACAGCUUCCUCAAACAAUGCAACUUCCUUAUUUGUGACAACCUCCUCCAACAAUGCAACUUCUACAGCAGUCACAGCUUCCUCAAACAAUGCAACUUCCUUACCAGUCAUAUCUUCAAACACUAUAACUUCCUUACCAGUCCCAACUUCCUCAAACAAUACAACUUCCUUACCAGUCACAGCUUUCUCAAACAAUACAACUUCCUUCCCAUUCAUACCUUCCUCAAACAAUGCAACUUCCUUACCAGUCACAUCUUCCUCAAACAAUACAACUUCCUUACCAGUCACAGCCCCCUCCAACACUGCAACUUCUAUACCAUUCACAGCUUCCUCAAACAAUGCAACUUCCUUACCAGUCCCAACUUUCUCAAACAAUACAUCUUCCUUACCAUUCACAGCUUCCUCAAACAAUGCAACUUCCUUACCAGUCCCAACUUCCUCAAACAAUACAACUUCCUUACCAGUAACAGCUUUCUCAAACAAUACAACUUCCUUACCAUUCACAGCUUCCUCAAACAAUACAACUUCCUUACCAGUCACAGCCCCCUCCAACACUGCAACUUCUAUACCAUUCACAGCUUCAUCAAACAAUGCAACUUCCUUACCAGUUCCAACUUCUUCAAACAAUACAACUUCCUUACCAGUCCCAGCUUCUUCAAACAAUACAACUUCCUUACCAUUCACAGCUUCCUCAAACAAUGCAACUUCCUUACCAGUCCCAACUUCUUCAAACAAUACAACUUCCUUACCAGUAACAGCUUUCUCAAACAAUACAACUUCCUUACCAGUCACAGCCCCCUCCAACACUGCAACUUCUAUACCAUUCACAGCUUCCUCAAACAAUACAACUUCCUUACCAGUCACAGCCCCCUCCAACACUGCAACUUCUAUACCAUUCACAGCUUCCUCAAACAAUGCAACUUCCUUACCAGUCCCAACUUCCUCAAACAAUACAACUUCCUUACCAGUCACAGCUUCCUCAAACAAUGCAACUUCCUUACCAUUCACAGCUUCCUCAAACAAUACAACUUCCUUACCAUUCACAGCUUCCUCAAACAAUGCAACUUCCUUACCAGUCCCAAUUUCCUCAAACAAUACAACGUCCUUACCAGUCACAGCUUCCUCAAACAAUACAACUUCCUUACCAGUCACAGCUUCCUCAAACAAUACAACUUCCUUACCAGUCACCGCCCCCUCCAACACUGCAACUUCUAUACCAUUCACAGCUUCCUCAAAUAAUGCAACUUCCUUACCAGUCCCAGCUUCCUCAAACAACGCAACUUCCUUACCAGUCCCAACUUCCUCAAACAAUACAACUUCCUUACCAUUCACAGCUUCCUCAAACAAUGCAACUUCCUUACCAGUCCCAACUUCCUCAAACAAUACAACUUCCUUGCCAGUCACAACUUCCUCAAACAAUACAACUUCCUUACCAGUCACAGCCUCCUCAAACAAUACAACUUCCUUACCAGUCACAGCUUCCACAAACAAUGCAACUUCCUUACCAGUCACAGCCUCCUCAAACAAUACAACUUCCUUACCAGUCACAGCUUCCACAAACAAUGCAACUUCCUUACCAGUCACAGCCUCCUCAAACAAUACAACUUCCUUACCAGUCACAGCUUCCACAAACAAUGCAACUUCCUUACCAGUCACAGCUUCCUCAAACAAUACAACUUCCUUACCAGUUACAGCCUCUCCCAGUAGCACACUGUCAUUAACAGCUUCUUCGGGAUCAGUAAUCAGUAACACUACUACAGCUGGUACUACAUAUACCACAAUAGUAUCCACUACAAUCGCCACUGCUUCGGUGCCUUUGGAUUUUAGAAUUACCAAUAUUCUAUUUAUGGACAACCUAACAAACCCUGAUUCUGACGAAUAUAAGUCACUGAAGAACAAUGUGGAAGAUAGGGUAAGGAUAUGAAAAGAUACAUGCUAAAGUAUAUUAUUUUAUAAUUUUAACAUUUAUACAUAAUAUAACAUGUGAAGUACAUGUAUGUGACAUUUAUUCCUUGUUGAUAGCCACAGAAGAGGCAAUCAUUAUGAGAUAGAUACCUAUAGACUGUAAGCUUGUUUGAGCAGUGUCCUCUUCAACCUAUCGUUCUUGUAAGUUUUCUUGUAAUUGUCCUACGUAUAGUUAAAUCCCCCCUUUUAUAAUAUUGUAAAGUGCUACAGAAUCUGCUGGUUCUAUAUAAAUGACAAUAGUAAUAAGAAUAGAUAAAUAUAGAUAUUAAAAAGGAAAAAGAGUAAGCGCUAAAUAACAGAGAAGCUGCAACCUAUAGAUGGAAUCCCUCAAAAACCCCUCAAAGAUAAUAAAGAUAAAAAACAGAUAAAAAUUUAUCUGUUUUUUAAAUAUAGAUAUUAACAUAAGAGGAUGUGUAUUCUCCCCUAAAAUUGGGCUGUUCGGAUUUUUAACACAGUUAGCAAAUCAGAAAGAAUUUUCAUUAGUCAUAUUCUAAUUGCUGUAACAUCCAUUAUAUUUUGUUAUUGGAACUAUCCCUACAAUAGCAGAGGUUCUUUCACUAAUAUUUGAAAGUAAAUGUUAUGAGCUAGUCAGCAGACAAUUUACACCAUUUCCAGAACUAAAAACAGGAUUAAUGGGAAAAUAAUAUUAAAAAGAAACACCAAGUGUAAUGCAUUGUUUAGAUUAUUAAAAUCCAUGGUCUUUAUUACAUUUUUAUUUGUAUACAUUAUAUUGUUAAACCUCUUUAAGUACACAUUGUAUUGGUUAUCAAAUGUUUCAGAAUAUAUUUAUUUUAGUUUUUCUAGCUGGAGAUCCCUAUAUUUUUCCUGUAAUAUUUUUCUUUCAUUUUUGAUAUAAUAAUGUGAAUAGAUGUAAAACUAGACAUGGCUUUUUAAAGAAAGAUUUAAUUGGUUACUCUUAUAUGGUAUCUGCACCAUGAAAUAAUACCAUCUUUCAGCUUUCCAUUUGAAUUUGCAGAUGAAUAGCAGAUGUUGCACUUUUUAAUGCCAUUUUAAAACUUUUUUUUAUUGUGCUACAUUUUUGCUAUUAUUUAUUUGUAGUAAUACUUUAUAAUUAUACCUUAUCUUUACAUAUCAUAUUUUCUUGCAGCUGACUCCUGUUUACAGAAGCAAAUUCAGUAACUUCAAAAGUGUCCGGGUCACAAAUUUCAGGUAAGUAAGGAUUAACUUGAUGGUUAUAAUGCUGAAAUAAAAAAUCUGAACAUCUGUAUAAAUUAUUUGUGCUCGGAAUUUAAUACGUAAUGGAUAGUAUCUGAAAGGGCAAAGUUGGUUGUGGUGUGCCGAAACCAACAUACAAGUGGGCCUGUAAAUAAAAGAGGGCAAAAGAGAAGUUCGAGAAAAUACAUACUUUAUUGCCUUUUUUACAUAACCAAGUUCCUGAAAGCUUGACAAAGCUCUUUUUCUGGUUGCGGUAUAUAAGUAUGAUAUAUGGAGGAUUUCCAACGACCCAGUCUCUUGAUGAUGUGGACUGGGGUGUUUGUGCUAGAGGCUGAUGAAGCGGCUCCUAUGCGGAAUGAGUGCCCGGAAAAUGAAGCCGGAUUGUAACCCAGUUUGGAUAGUAGUGUCCUGACGAGUGUCGUGAAUUUAGCCGUGGUGAGCGGGUGCCCUUGUAGUGAUAAGAGUGGCGAGUCUGGUAAGUGCGCGUGAUGGGUUGACCAUAGGUGAUCUAGCGCUUUGACCGGACACCAGGCAUUAUCGGUAGGGAAGAGAGGAAUUAUGGUGGGGUGUUGUGAGUGGUUAGUUUUAGUUGAUGGGAUCGUAAGUAGGUAGUGAUCCUCCACCUUAGUGAGGUGUGAUGUUUUUAGGCUGUGCGUGAUAUCUCCUUGACAAGCAACGGUGAACUCUCUGGGUCUGAGAAAACCGUAGAAAGCAAGAUAAAUAGCGGAUUUGAUGACCAGGUUUGUGUUGGGAUCGAACGGGGAUUCAUCAAGGAGAUUGCUAAGUGAUCUAAAGAUGGGUCCGUCUAUAGGUAGUCUAGUAGUGGUGAGUGGGACCGAAACCUUUAAUAUAACUUUCAGGACCUUUUUAAUGGGAUAUGAUGACAAGAAGGGGGUGUUGUUAGGAAAAUUGGAGAGGCUAUGGUGCUGAACCCCGGUGAGGUAAAGUUUAAUGGUGUUGUGAGAAAGUUUAAGAUGUAAGUGGCAGAAAGAGGCAAAAGCCACCAUGGUUUGUGUAGAGAAGUGGCCUUGUAAACCGAAUUCUGCAGUAAAUUUGUUAAAAAUGGUAAGUGCCCUAUUGUAUGAGAUAGUUGUGUUGGGUGAUAGUGCUUGGUGAAUGAGAGUCCUAGCGUGGUGCAUAAGUGUGCUUAAUCCAGGAUUAGCUCGUGAAAUCGUGGUGUCCUGGAUGGCUGGUGGUGAGCCGUAGGGAGUGCCUGGAAGAAUACCUGGAAUUGAGAGCGAGAAAGAGCAUCAGCAGCCGUGUUGUGGGUGCCCGGGAUGUGAAAACAAACUAUAUGAAACUGGACGGUUGCUGCCAGCCAGGUCAGCUUGCGAAUCAGCCGCAUGAUGGUAAGGGACGAUGAGCGCCCUUUGUUUAUGAAUUUGCAAGCCGCCGAGUUAUCAGAAUAGCAUUUUACUGCCAUGCCGGACCAGAGAUGACCCCAGGUGUGUGCGGCCGCCGCGAUUGGAUACAUUUCGAAAAGGGCUGAGGUCUCCCUGAAUCCUGGCAAGGCAUCCGUCUCAGCGGGCCAGUGACCCCUGAACCAGUGGUUCCCGAAGAUGGCUGCGAAACCUGUGUUGGCUGCAGCGUCUGUGUGGAUGAUGGGUGAACAAGUGGAGAGAGGGGAGAUAAACAUGAAGAUACCAUUCCAAUCUGCCAAAAACUUCCCCCACAUAGCUAAGUCGGCCUUUGUGUGGGGGUCCAAAGAAACUGAGUCCGGUACUCCGUGGAGCAGGCAAAGAAGCCUAGAUAUAAAAGACCUUCCCUGUGGGAUGAUGCGCAUGGUGAAGUUAAGGGAUCCCAGAAGGGACUGAAGUUCCCUUCUGGUGCUAACUUCCUUCCGCGGGAACAUGUCUAUCUCCCCUCUCAAGCGGAACAGUUUGUCUUGGGGAAGGCUAGCUUUUUAGGGUAACAGUCUAGCUCUAUCCCCAAAAAGGUUAAUUUAGUUGUGGGGCCAAUUGUUUUUGAUGGCGACAAUGGUACACCAAGUGUGGAAAAAAGUGCUGUAGUACUGCUGAUAGUGGUAAGAAGUCGUCUAAGUAAUGGAUAACAGAGUGACACCUGAGGACAUUCAGAAGCAGCCAGCAUAGUGUUUCAGCAAAGAUAUCGAACAGUUUGGGGCUGCUUCUAGAACCGAAAGUGAGUCGAGUGGAGAAGUAGUACUUUUCUCGCCAUUUAACACCGUGCAAGUGCCAGAGUGAGGGGUGUAUGGGUAGUAAUUUGAAAGCGUUUGUGAUGUCCAUUUUAGUGCGCCAGGAGGAAAACGGUGAGGAGGUGAAGGGGCCGAUCAUGAAACCGUUGGUAAUUUCUGCGGAAAGGAGGGUAUCUGUGGAGAUUGGAUCUUGGCAUGCUGACAAUAAAUUGAGACAUACCAGUGUGAAACCGUGAAAAAACGCUGAGUGAAUCCAGUGGUCAGAUAUUCCGCCAAAUGUCUGCUAGGGUGUGUUCUGCCGGGCACAUGGUCUUGGUAUGUGCCCUAAAGCAUAUAGAACAGAUGUGCAGCAAUCUACAGGCGCUGAAACUGCAGGAGCCUGCGUUGAAAUUAUUGCACACCUGAGCUUUACCUAGGAAGGAGAUGGGCCUACCCAGCUUAUCACAUAGACCGUCCGCUGAUUUGUUGUGAGGGGUGAAAAUGGGAUUAGGGGUGGGAGUGGAGGUGGUGGGAUAGGCUUCUGAAGGACAUAAGUCUGCCGUAUGAGAUGCAGAGUUACAUACGGCGUAAGAUGGGGGCCUGAGACCAGUGAAGUGGCGACAGAAUAGUUCUGUGUCCAUCUGACACCAGUUAAUUCUGACAUUGAACUGUUUCAGAUGGGUCGCCACCUUCGCUGAUACCGACUUAUGAUAGUCGUAAAAAGAGGAGCCCCCAUACUUGAUACCUAAAGCCACCACCUUGUGGAGGUAGAGGUCUAGCUCUUCUCUUCUGUGGGGAUACACCGUGCAGAUGACAUCACGGUAUAUCCCAAAGGCAAUCACGAACUGAGGUAUGGUUAGUUUUUUAUUGAGUCUGGGGUCUCUAGUCUUAAGCACCACUGAGAUGUCCCCGUAAUUGUAUGCCCUGUUCUCCAGUAUGUCUUGGGAUGCUAUAAGCAGAGACACCAGACACACGUCCUUCCCAUCUAGGAUUUCUUUCCUGAUGGAGUCUGGGACGGAGUGAGCUGGUGACUCGAAAGGAGAAGUAGCUGUGGCUGGUGCUGGAGGAGGGAGUAUGGGGGGGUACAACAGGGACCGCCGGGGUGGCGACUGGGAGGCCCGGGGUAUUACCUGGGGAGGCGAUGGCGCUCUCCACCUUAGAUAGCCUGUUGUUUAAAGUCUGUAAGUUGGCCAAGAUUGCUGCUAGGGUAUCCUGGGUGGACGUGCCAGCGCUGUCCUUGAGAGCUAGUGCCUGGCCUAGGUUCAGGGGCUUGGUAGGUGAGCAGUCUGUAGAGUUCCGCCUUUGUAGCUGUAUCUGGAAAGGGGAUUCCCCUGAGCCUAAGUUUGGCCUUAAUUUUAGGGAUAGUCCAUGCUCUCAAGGACGUGGGAGUUGAGGGGGUGAGAGAUUCGCAUGGAGACUCUGGUCUGAUGGACGUAAACGGGAUCUCCUCUGGCAACUCUUCGAUGGGGGCUGGUUCUUGAGACAUUCUAAAAAUGAUUCAGUGAAUUAAAUAUUAGAAGGUGAGUAGGGGAACCGGGAGGGAUAUGAGGGGGGUAUUUUAUGAACUGGCCUGUAAUGCUAAUGCCGAAGCAAAAAACGUAACUGUGAAUUUGAUAGGUGAGGCCCUGCUAAUGCCAAGUGGCGGUGAGAGGCUCUACCUAUGAUUUGGCUUAGAGAAAUCGUGGCCACAGACGUGGUGGCGGGGUGUUGGCCUCUCGGUGACUGUAAAGAGAUUCAAACAUGUGGCCGUGACAGGUGAGGCCCUGACUACAGCCCUGUAGUAGGGCAGGCGAGGCAUAUAACUAUGAUUUGGGCGUGGGGCUGUACCUCUGUGUUGAGGUGGGAGAUGGCCUCGCUGGACGUUUUUUUUUUCUUAUUAGGGUGAACUAGCCUAGACCCUGCAAGCCAGUUCACAUGUAUACUAAAGGUUGAAUGGUAAUUCUGGUGUAAUGUGUGGAUACUAACCUUGAAGGGUUUAUAAUAGAGAGCUGGAACCUUCAAAUUUUUAUAUGUAGCGAGUCUUGACUGCUGCUGUCCUCGUAGAAGAAGCCUAAGGAUUAAGACGGAUGUUGAUGUAUUUAUGCGUAACGUGGUGGCGUAUGAUUUGUGGUAAGGAUUGACUGAUAGGAGCGCGACGUGAGAUCCUGAAGUGAGGGAUCUGAAUGGUUAUACUACGAAUGAGGCGAGUUUACGUUAUAGAGAGAGGCUGAUUGAGGCCUUGAGGUAGUGAAUGCCGUAACGAAUAAGGAUGUAAGUACCUGGUAGUGUGGCUGAGUACCGGGUUAGGUAGGUUGGUAAUUUCUUGCCUGAUGGCAGUAUGACAGUAUUCCUGGUUAAGAAAAAAGGAGAGAAUUUUAAAACAAAGGACGUAGGACCAAGAGUUAGUCGUAAUGAAUCGAGACCGCGUUAGGUCUUGUAUGAAAAAGUCCUGUAAUGAGUAGAGAAAUAUAUCUUGAUUUGUUAUAUGGGUACUGGGAUGAGCGUAACUGGUGUUCCUUCGUAGAAACCGGUGGAGGCCUAGAAGAAUUCUGGAGCUAAGGAUUAAAUCCAUUAAAUAUUUAACUGUGAUUUCACUGUGAUAAGUUUAGAGUGCAUGCAGUAUAGAGGCAUGGACAUGAUUGAAAGCAUGGUGAGUAAAUACUAUACCUGGGUUUGUAAAUACAAGACCUUGAAUUUGCUAACUUUAAGCAGAAAUAAGAGAAACUGAGGCAAUCUGUGGAGCCAAAGAAAAUGUGACAGGGGCAGGAUUAAUGACUGUGUAACUUUAAGGAGAAAAUGUAGUAAAUUAAAAUAAAAUAUUAGGGGUUUUACCAGUGUUACCCUAGAUCAUCGUGUAAUAAUAAUAUAUGUAUUUUUGAACAGGGUUGUUGUGGAAUUAAUAGAAUUCUGCCCUUUGUUUGGUGUCAGGCGGAAUUUAUUUUAUUAGAUAAAGGAACGUAAAACAUAGAUUACUAACCACAUGGGUGUAGAAAAAGAACUGAUUAUUAAGAUACAGUGGCUAUGGUUUUAAUAUAUUAGACAUAGUUAACCGGAAAACACAGUUUAGGUGAUAAAUGGUUGUAGUUUUUUUACAUGUAUUUAAUAACUCCUACUGACAGUGGUACAAACAGUUAAAUAACCAAACAGACAGUAUGAGUAAUCAAAUGAAUUCGUGUGCACGAAAUGUUUGUAUUAUACUGAAAGGGGAUCGGUAGUUUUAGCCGAACGGGGGACCUGCUUAGGUUAUAUAAAGUGUGCAUUCGUAUACUCCCGCGCGAAUAGAAAUAGCAUGAAUUAGGAAGGUUAGCGAGGGGUGAACAGUUUUACACAAUUCACUUAAAAUGCCUGAGGUAAUAAGUACAUGAUUCGUGCGUAUGAUCAAACGGAAAACAGAAUUGAAAAGAUUAGCUUUACAGUUAUGUUCGUACGUACGUAGUUCGGCAGUUUAGAUCGUGCGAAAGCCCCCCUGAAACGUAAGUAUAGCGAGCGUUCGUCUAGUUUAGUGGCGCAAACGCAGAAAUGCACAAAUAGGUAAGUAUACGAAAAUAGAUAAUGUGAUAGCAAAAGGGAGCCUACCCCUACGUUUUUAGGCCCGAACGGAGGGAAAUAGCCGAACGCUAUUUCCCUCCUAAGCUUACGUGAGCAUGCCGGUCUCGUGACCGGAAGCAAAGUACCGCGGCCAGGAAGAAGGCUGGUGGCAGGGCUGCAGGACGGCUGGUGGCAGGGCUGCAGGACGGACGGAGGAUUCCACUGGACACCUCUUACUGCACGAGACUGGAGCUGUUUGACGGGAAGCUCGGACCGGAAGUGCUGGUUGCUAUGAAGAUAGACAAUCAACUGAACCGGCAGAGGUGAGUAGGGACUGGGAGUUUAAGUAGGGGACUUACUCCUCCCACAAAUUCAGGCCUAAUGGCCUUUCUACAUACGAUACAUUUCGGGUGGGAAAACAUGAGAAAUAAAGAUAAAAAAUAGUAAUAAAAAAUUUAGUUGAUGGUUAUAAAGCAUGAACUUUUUUCAUUGCACUUUACAAUGGUUAAGAAUACAGAAAAGUAUUUGUCCGUCAAACAUGAUCAAGAGAUUAUGAGGAUUCUACUCAAACAAGUUUACAUUCUACAGGGAGGGUCGAUUUACACAACUAAUGAUUAACUGCAGUCUGUUAAAACUAAUGAUUGAUUGGUGGGUGCAUUCAUCAUUUAAAUAUUUAGAUAGAGUAGAAAAAACUGUAAUUAGUGAAAACAAAUUCAAGAUAAGUCAAAGAAAAUGCCCACUCGCAAUUUGUUUUCCUUUCCUAAAGAAGUGGGGUAAAGGGUUACAUUUUCUUAAAAGACGAAAGAAAGCCUUCUUUUGGAUCAACAGCAACAACAUUUCUGAGGAAGGCUGAACUUGAUGGACGCAAGUCUCUUUUCAGCUAUGUAACUAUGUAAAGGGGAAAGGCUAUUUGGGCUGGAUAGGGAAUUUCGUAAGAACAGUGCAGCAUCUUGUUUGUGACAGUAAUAACACUGCAGCCCUAUAGAAGAGUUUCGUAACAACAGUUCAGACAUAGAGACGUCUUGUUGGCGAGAGUCAGUGGGAAAAUGUGACCAGAGGAGGUCAAUGUAGAGGCAGAAGAUCAUAGAGGUUGGGAUGGGACAUAUUUGCUUUUUAGGAAAGAUCUAAAGUUUGGAGAGCUCAAAUGAAUACAUAUAUUUACAAAUAGAAUUAAUUAUUAAGCAAACAAUUUGUGUCAGUGUUAAUUUAUUAUUAAUUUAAAAAGAGUGGGCAGUUUUUAUAACUCAUGGAUGAAAUUCAGAAAUUUUUUGGUUGGUGCACUCAAUGUGAUAUGUAUCUUGUAUAUAUUAAUGAUGUCUGUUACAACAAUUAUUGUUACUUAUUUUAGCCUUUAUCUGAGCCUAUAACUAUGUGCUGUUACAAUAUUAUAUUAAUAAAGAGCAUUGACCCUAUAUUAAUACCUGGGUGAAUCUUUGAUGUGGUGUCUCAAAAAGCCCAAACUUCCUCUUGAAAGAUGGGCAUUUCCUCUUUAAAAUCUUCAAUAUAUGAUGCAUCCAGUCUCUGAUUUUAUUUUUUUUAAGGAACCCACAGCAGAUAAUGAGAUAUUUUUGUUUAGACCUCCUCUCACCAAGAACAAAUGCUGGGAGUCUGGGUCUACCUGUUGGCCAACACAAUGAAGACUGAUAGUAAAAUAUAUUACAUAACCCAUUUAUGUUUAAAUGUCUGCUCAUUAAUAACCUCUUGUAACUUUUUUCUCAUAGUAAAGGCUCAGUGAUUGUUACCUCUGAGCUUCAAUUUAACGUCACAUCCGAAUCAGCACCCACUCCAGAUAACACAGUGCGUGCUUUGGUCAGUAGCCUACCAAGUAAUACAUCUCUUGGGACUUUUCAACUAGACCAAACCAGCAUCACUUCUAAAGGUAAGCGUGAUAUCCCCUGGCUAAACCACAACCACUGUGUUUCAUGACCAAAUAAGGAUAUAACAAUGUCCUACCCCAGAGUUCAAUGUUCUGGCAAGUUUCUAGCAUGGGCAUAGAUCAUGUGGUAUAAAUAUCUAUUGACUUAUAUAGCGCAUAAACAGGUUCUACUCCUAUGUGCUCAGCACAGGACGGACUGGAUACAUUUUUGAUGGUUUUGCCUUUUUAAGAGGUACUCUAAAGGGGACAGUAUAUGCAACAUGAAUGGGUUACAUCCCUGUGAGGGUUUUAUUUAUUUUUUGUCCAACAAUUCGGGUAUGAUUUUACAAAAAAAAGCAGUUCUCACCCAGAGAACCCUACAUUGGUAAUGGAGAAUUUACACUGAAAAAAAAGCAUUUAAUGGUGUCCAUAACCUGUAGUGGUUAUGUUACUUCGAGCCCCUCAUUUAGGGUUUUGUGUUUUGAAGUGGUCAUGGUGCCUGGAGUUUUGCUAUGAAGCCCUCCAAAUGCAGAAUUUAACCCCUUCACUGCUGAAGGGGUAACCUCACCUCUGGCAGUGUCAUUUUCCAGCCUGGAACAAGAGUCCUGGCUGGUUAAUGUCAGUUGUGCGCAUAGUAGACAUCAGUUGUCAGUACGCACAGCAUGCUGAAGACCGGGGUAAAAUGGAGGCACAGUCCCCUCUCCAUGCCGCCCAUAUCCUGGCCUAAGCCCCUCCUCCCUCUAUAUCCCUCCCCCUGCAGCUAGUGACAUCAGAGGAAGAGGGUUAGGCAGAGGGAAGAAUUUGGCCUCAUUAACGGAACACAGGUAAGUUUUAGCUUUCUAUUUUAUUUACAUUUUUAAACUUUGACCAGGGGUAACAUGAUUUUUUUGUUUUUUACACUGAUUUUUUUUUAUUGAAGUACACCUUUAAAGAUAUCCUUAAAUGAUAUGUGUAUGUACGCGCAAUAUUGUCCAUUUGUUUAUUACAAAUGUUAUGUUUUUUUUUAUGCCCACAGAUGUCAAUAUAAGUAAUUUGUCUCCUCUCAAUGUAAGUGUCAGCUGUGUUCUUGUAAGACCAUUUAACGCGUCAGAAACAGGGGACCUGAAGACUCAGAUUGUGGCAUGGGUAUGUUAUGUUUCAGUAUCAAAGUAUAACACCUGGUAACAACCAAUCAAAACAUGGCUUAUUAGAAGCUCCACAGACAUUCUCUGAAAGGAAUUCCUAACGGAAUGAAUUUCCUACUCUGACUGAUUUAGAGACUUUGGGUUCUUUUUCACUAAACACCAAUUGUAGUGAAUUACAGUAUUUUAUUUUUAGAGAAAACUCUAAUUUAGCUACAGUCAUAGCUUGACAAUUUUAGCUGAUAUAUUGCCAAUUGCUUUUCAAGUAUGAAAAAAAAUAAACUCUCAAAUUAACUGAACUGCCAAAACGAAUCAUCUUUAAACUAAAAUAAAUUAGUCUCGGAUAUCGUGAAAUAGCUUCAGGUACCAGCUCAUGAAUUUGCUCAGUGCCACACUGUACAACAAUAAACAAUUGCUUACAAUAUUUACAUUCCAGGGUUUAAAUGCCUCCAGUGUUUGACACUUUGACAUCCACUAGAGCAGGGGCAUUAAAAAUGUAGAUCCCCAGAUGUUUUAAGACUACAGCUUCCAUGAUGCUUUGUCAUUCCAAAUGUAUGUAAAGGCAUGUGAAGCAUUUUGGGAGUUGUAGUUUUAUCAUAUCUGGGGGUCUACCUUUUGGGCACCCCAGCAUUAGAGGCUCUCCCUCCGAAAAAUAGCAGAGUAAAACUGUGAUUUCUAUCAGUUGGUCUCAAAGAGGGAUGAUUAAUGCCUCCAUCAACCUGACUGGCUGGAAUGCUUCACACAGAAUAUACACAUAUCUUACCUGCCAAGGGCUCUGUCAAAAGACACAAACAUGUUUUUUUUUUGUAAACAUUUUGAAAAUGUGUUUAAAGUGACACUCUCUGGACCCCUGAAGGACUUUAGCUUGCUGUAAAGCUUGGUGUGUGAAGAAUGUGUCCUCUUUUAUUCAUUUUACAAAAAGUGCAUUUUCCAGUAAAACUUGGCAGUUUUAGAAAUUAACCUUAUUACACCUCAUGACUUUCAAUCUGACAACUGGUUAUGUUACCACACGUAUCCUGUUAGCACUCAAUAAAUAAGCAUUACAGUUAUUAUAUAGUAUCAAUGCGUAUGUUUCAUAUGAAGUAACAAUAUUUAGAAAAUUAUCUACUAUUAUUGUUGUUUCUCCAGGUGCAGCCAAUUUUACUAAACCUUCUCAAUGGUACAACCGUCUCCACCAUAUUUCUAACCGAGUAAGUGAUACAUAUUCAAGUUAUAUUAGUUAAAAGAUGUCAACCCUGUAAUGUCUGCAUUGUAAAAACACCAAUAUUUCACUGGUCUGAAAACUAGAAAGACAAUGUCCUGUCCAAAAUCUAUACUGGAAAACAUGUUUAUAAGUAAAUAUAUAGAUAUCUGUUAGUUACCUUUUUUCUAGCACAGAGGUUAAGUCUGUGCAGCCGCCCUCUCCAACACCUUUUUCUACUUUUUGUCCAAUACAGUGCUUCUGUUAGUGUCGAGAAGUGAGUCUAACUUGCUUCUCACAGAGGAAGCACCAUCUUGUGACUGUCAGUGUAACAGUUUAAGCCUUGUAAUGGAAACAUUGCCAUAUCCCUAGAACAGCAACGUUUUACUUUGCGGGAGUAAAACGCCAGGGGCUCUGCACCCUGUCUCUGUCACUGAGAUAAGGUGGUCUGAGUGCCCACAGUGUCCCUGUAAAACAAUGUCCCCAUUGACUUUGAAUCAAAAAUGUCCUUUAACCCAUAAGGGUUAAAUCGUACGUGGAGGGCUGCAGACAACUGAGCUGUACAAGUGUAUGAUAAUAUUAAAUAUAACCCUAAAAUAUACCAUUGGCAUUUACCUUUUUACUUAAGUGCUGAUACAAUGUGAAACAUUACCUGCUACAGUUGCUUCAAAAGUACAAAAACACUUUAUUAAAAGAAUAUCUCCAGUAUUGUCACAUGCUAAAUUCUCUGCCAUUUAGGAGUUAAAUUCCUUCCUUUAUGCAACUCUAGCCAUUAACCACUGGCUGUAACUGAUUAGCAUGUUUACUGGUUUUGUAAUUAAGAUAGAAUUACAAUUACAUUGAUUUAUAUAGCUCCAACAUAGUCUGCAGCACUGUACUACAGAUACAUCAAAAACAAGUUUACAAUUAAAGUGUUUGCAAAUUAAUUGGAUAUUUGAAAACUAGGAUCCCAAAUUUGAUUUUACUUGUAAGGAAUCUAUACUUUGAGCUCUUGUGAAGAGAUGCUACAAUUAUUGUUCAUAUUAUUUAGCUAUAUUACAAAGUAUAACCCCUUACCUUGUGUUACCCAAGAUUUGGGGGAGUGCUUGAUACAGGGUUUGCCAUCUUGUCACCAAUUGCUCUUUUACUUGGAUUGUCAUUGUAGGGGAUAGUGUGCCUACAUGUACAAUUCUUUAAUUCUGCUGAUCUUUUAGGGAUUUGCAUUGCCCAAAAUGUUAGCAGAAUACAUAGGAAUACAAAACUUGAAAGUUGAAACACAGACAUACAACAUAUGUAUGUCGCAUGUCUUGUUUGUCCACCUGUUGUACAACGCUGUGGAAUUGUUUGGUGCUUUAUAAAUAAUAAUAAUGUAUAUCAGUAUCAUAUCUUUUGAAAAGUUAUGUAAAUACAGGAAGAAGUAGGUCCAGGUAAGGGGUACCCUAAAGGUAGAUCUCCAGAUGUUAUAGAACUACAGGGAGUGAAGAAUUAUUAGGCAAAUGAGUAUUUUGACCACAUCAUCCUCUUUAUGCAUGUUGUCUUACUCCAAGCUGUAUAGGCUCGAAAGCCUACUACCAAUUAAGCAUAUUAGGUGAUGUGCAUCUCUGUAAUGAGAAGGGGUGUGGUCUAAUGACAUCAACACCCUAUAUCAGGUGUGCAUAAUUAUUAGGCAACUUCCUUUCCUUUGGCAAAAUGGGUCAAAAGAAGGACUUGACAGGCUCAGAAAAGUCAAAAAUAGUGAGAUAUCUUGCAGAGGGAUGCAGCACUCUUAAAAUUGCAAAGCUUCUGAAGCGUGAUCAUCGAACAAUCAAGCGUUUCAUUCAAAAUAGUCAACAGGGUCGCAAGAAGCGUGUGGAAAAACCAAGGCGCAAAAUAACUGCCCAUGAACUGAGAAAAGUCAAGCGUGCAGCUGCCACGAUGCCACUUGCCACCAGUUUGGCCAUAUUUCAGAGCUGCAACAUCACUGGAGUGCCCAAAAGCACAAGGUGUGCAAUACUCAGAGACAUGGCCAAGGUAAGAAAGGCUGAAAGACGACCACCACUGAACAAGACACACAAGCUGAAACGUCAAGACUGGGCCAAGAAAUAUCUCAAGACUGAUUUUUCUAAGGUUUUAUGGACUGAUGAAAUGAGAGUGAGUCUUGAUGGGCCAGAUGGAUGGGCCCGUGGCUGGAUUGGUAAAGGGCAGAGAGCUCCAGUCCGACUCAGACGCCAGCAAGGUGGAGGUGGAGUACUGGUUUGGGCUGGUAUCAUCAAAGAUGAGCUUGUGGGGCCUUUUCGGGUUGAGGAUGGAGUCAAGCUCAACUCCCAGUCCUACUGCCAGUUCCUGGAAGACACCUUCUUCAAGCAGUGGUACAGGAAGAAGUCUGCAUCCUUCAAGAAAAACAUGAUUUUCAUGCAGGACAAUGCUCCAUCACACGCGUCCAAGUACUCCACAGCGUGGCUGGCAAGAAAGGGUAUAAAAGAAGAAAAUCUAAUGACAUGGCCUCCUUGUUCACCUGAUCUGAACCCCAUUGAGAACCUGUGGUCCAUCAUCAAAUGUGAGAUUUACAAGGAGGGAAAACAGUACACCUCUCUGAACAGUGUCUGGGAGGCUGUGGUUGCUGCUGCACGCAAUGUUGAUGGUGAACAGAUCAAAACACUGACAGAAUCCAUGGAUGGCAGGCUUUUGAGUGUCCUUGCAAAGAAAGGUGGCUAUAUUGGUCACUGAUUUGUUUUUGUUUUGUUUUUGAAUGUCAGAAAUGUAUAUUUGUGAAUGUUGAGAUGUUAUAUUGGUUUCACUGGUAAUAAUAAAUAAUUGAAAUGGGUAUAUAUUUGUUUUUUGUUAAGUUGCCUAAUAAUUAUGCACAGUAAUAGUCACCUGCACACACAGAUAUCCCCCUAACAUAGCUAAAACUAAAAACAAACUAAAAACUACUUCCAAAAAUAUUCAGCUUUGAUAUUAAUGAGUUUUUUGGGUUCAUUGAGAACAUGGUUGUUGUUCAAUAAUAAAAUUAAUCCUCAAAAAUACAACUUGCCUAAUAAUUCUGCACUCCCUGUACAGCUCCCAUGAUGCUCUGCAUUUCUUAGUGAUGCCUUUAGAAUGGAAGUAUCAUGGAAGCUGUAAUUUAAGAAAAUUCGGGAAUAUACCUUUCAGGCUCCGCUGGUCUAGGGCUGGCAAUAAUGAAUUCUUGAGAACACUGUCUGUAAAAUAGAGAGUAAAUACAUUUUUACGUUUUAUUUUGCAUCAUUUCAGGAAUUCUAAUGGCUGGACCAAUUUUACUGCAUACUUUGCUGUUAACACCCUCCAGCUAUUGAAUAACACUGAUGCUCUGACUACAACUUUAUCAUCUAGAGGAAAUAUUUCCAUUAUACCAGCCAGUCUAACCAUCCAAGGUGAGAUAUUUUGAAUGUCACAGUGUUUUGCUCUCACCACAGUGAAGCAUGUUACUCUAACUGGAUUAUACAUUUUAAUAGGGAGCACUUUGACUUUCAAUACUAUAACCAUUGAACCUGGAUUUCUCAACGUGGCUCAAACAUCCGACCUCACUAGUAGAAACAGUACCGGGUUCCAGAAUCUUUCCAAACUUAUACAGAAAUCGGUAAGCAUAAUAAAAGUAGAUGACUGAAUUUUACCAAAUAGUACUAUAUUUAAAUUUAAUCUGCUAUGUGCAUUUCUGUUUCCUUCAAUGAGCUAUCAUAACAGUGUUCGUUAUUCGCUUCCAAUCUCAUCAGCUGUCAGGCUCAUCCAGGGGUCCUUUAAGGGACACUCUAGUCACAACAACUACAGCUUAAUAUAGUCAGUCCCUGCAGGCUUUUUGCAGAGAAAAGGCAGUGUUUACAUUGCUCCCUAGGGACACCUCCAGUGGCAGUCACUCAGACGGCGCUAGAAUAAAGGUAUGUUUUGUACCUUUUUAAGAGGGGCAAGGAAGCUAAAUAGUGUUGUUAAUACUAUAGGGUCAGGAAUACACAUUUGUUCCUUUCACCUUUUUUGAUAGAAACCUAUAUUGUAUGUUGGAUACAUAUUCUUUAAAUGUAAAAAUAUCUCUAUAGUUGAAAUAUGGGACACUCCAUUUUACAACAGUAGGAUAAUAAUUUAAAGGGACACUCCAGGCACCCAGACCACUUCUGCCCAUUGGAGUGGUCUGGGUGCCAACUCCCACUACCCUUAACCCUGCAACUGUAAUUAUUGCAGUUUCUAUAAAUUGCAAUAAUUACCUUGCAGGGUUAACUCCUCCUCUAGUGGCUGUCUACUAGCCAGCCACUAGAGGGCACUUCCGGAAUUAUAGCACAGAUUUUCUGUGCUAUAGCGUCGCUGAACGUCCUCACACUAUGUGAGGACCUCCAGUGUUGCUAAAAUCCCCAUAGUAAAGCAUUUUUAAUGCUUUUCUACGGGGAGGUCGCAUGCGCAUUUGGUCUCCCCCGCCGGCCGGCGUGAUCAGUUUCCCCCGCCGGCUGACGUGGUGAUGGGGAGGAGUGUGGGUGGACCAAGAAGUCACUGAAGGGGUUUUGACCUUCAGCAACCUGGGAUGGGAAGUGGGAGGGAGAGGGGACCUGCAGUUCCAGGAAAACAGAUUGUUUUCCUGGCACUGGAGAGUCCCUUUAAAGUAUUAAAAUAAUAUCAGUUGCGCUGUGGAAGAUAGUGAUACUACAGUAAACACUACUACAGGUGUUGGCUGGUACCUACGGAAUAAAGGGAGUCAUUUUCUACCAGUUAUGAUACACAGAAAGAGCAUGCAAACAGAGGGAGCUGAUCAAAUUCCCGGUCCCGACGCAAGAGUUGUAGUUGUCAGCUAGACUAGAAAGGGGCCUCAGUUAGGAAAAAGGACAAAUGAGUAAUUUGAUACAUGUGAGUUUACAGAGGAAGAGGUUCUAUUUCAACUGUCAAAAGUAAAGACAAAUAAGUUGAUGGGGCCUGAUGCAAUACACCCAAAGUUAUUAAAAGAACUUAGUGGUGUACUAGCAAAACCAUUAACGGAUUUAUUUAACCAGUCAUUGUUAACAGGAAUAGUCCCAGAAGAUUGGAAAUUAGCGUGUGUUGUAGCCAUUUACAAGAAAGGUAGUAGGGAGGGGUCGGGCAACUAUAGGCCAGUAAGCCUAACCUCAGUAGUGGGGAAAGUGAUGGAAACCAUGUGGAAGGAUAGAAUUGUUGAACAUCUAAAAUCACAUGGAUUUCAAGAUCUGAGACAACAUGGGUUUACUUCAGGGAGAUCAUGCCAAACUAAUCUAAUUUAUUUUUUUGAUUGGGUAACUAAAAUAAUAGAUCAGGGUGGUGCAGUAGACAUUGCUUACCUAGAUUUCAAUAAGACUUUUGACACUGUUCCACACAGAAGGCUCAUCAGAGUCAUCAAUAAACUGCAAUCUUUAAGUUUGGAUUCCAAUAUUGUUGAGUGGGUUUAGGCAGUGGCUAAAUGACAGGCAACAGAGGGUUGUAGUCAACAGAGUAUAUUCAAAGCAAGGUCUAGUUACCAGUGGGGUACCUCAGGGAUCUGUAGUUGGACCCAUUCUCUUUAAUAUUUUUAUUAGUGAUAUUGCAGAAGGUCUUGGUGGUAAGGUAUGUCUUUUUGCUGAUACUAAAAUUUGCAACAGGGUUGAUGUUCCAGGAGGGAUAAGCCAAAAGGCAAAUGAUUUAGAAAAAUUUGGAAAAUGGUCAAAGCUGUGGCAACUGACAUUUAAUGUCGAUAAGUGCACGAUAAUGCACCUUGGAUGUAAAAACCCAAGGGCAGGUUCAUGGAUUGCAGGAUACAACUUAUAAGGAAAGGUUAAAGGAUCUUAACAUGUAUAGCUUGGAGUAAAGACGAGACAUGGGGGAUAUGAUAGAAACAUUUAAAUACAUAAAGGGAAUCAAUACAGUAAAGGAGGAGAAGAUAUUUAAAAGAAGGAGAACUACAACCACAACAAGAGGACAUAGUCUUAAAUUAGAGGGGCAAAGGUUUAAAAAUAAUAUCAGGAAGUAUUACUUUACUGAGAGGGUAGUGAAUGCAUGGAAUAGCCCUACAGCUGAAGUGGUAGAAGUUAACACUGUAUCAGGAUUACAGUAUGAUCCAGCACGUAGAAUUGUGUAACACAGAGGACUGAUAGGUAACGUAUACCGGACCUUAAAAUGGCCAGACUAACGUACCAAAGAAUAGUCAGGAAUAGCCGAGGUCAAGGGAUACAGAAAGAGACACAACGGUAAGCAAAAGCCAAGGGUCAGAGAUGCCAGAAAACGGGGAAGUAAAACUCAAAGACAAAAUCAAAUAACCAGAAAAAACAGAAUCAAGAACGCGCUCUCGGACAACCACAAGGGAAACCACGACAGGGCACUGAGCAAGAGGAGAACUGGGCCUAAAUACCUCGCCUGUGGAUCCGAUUGGUUGUAACCGGCCUUUGAACCCAAAGGCAGUUACCAGGUUACUAUUUGUAUGAUUGCUGCUCAGCACAAACCCUCCUGUGGAUUGAUUGCUGCUCGGCACAACUUUUCCUGUCAGGACAGUAAUUUUGCUCGGCGCAACUUUUCCUGUCAGAACAGUAAAUGCUAUUAAUCACAUUUUUAUGUUCGGAAUACGUAACACACUUUGAGGGAGUUUAAGCAUUCGUGGGAUAGGCAUAAGGCUAUCUUAGAGUUAAGAUAAGGCCAGGGACUAAUUAGUAUUUAGAAAAUUGGGCAGACUAGAUAGGCCAAAUGGUUCUUAUCUGCCAUCACAUUCUAUGUUUCUAAGUUAUAAACUAAAGUCGACAUGGGGCGGGGCCAAUUGCCAUUUUGGCCAAUCAGGACCUCCUCAGAGAUGCAUUGAAUCAAUUCAGGAAAAUUCAACGUCUCCAUCUGAGGAGUGGCCACUUGGAGGUGUCUCUGGGGGCAAAGUAAACACUGUCUUUUCUCUGAAAAGGCAGUGUUUACAGGAAAAUGCCUGAAUGGAGCUAUUAUACUCACCAGAACAACUACAUUAAGCUGUAGUUCUUCUGGUGACUAUAGUGUCCCUUUAAAUACGUUGGCAGUUCUCACAAGUCAACUGCCAUGAAGGUGUUAUAAAGUAACGGUCAUUGAAAUAUAUUAUACAGUAGGUUAGCUAUAAUAUUAUUAAUAAUAUAUAGAUUACAGUUUCUUCUGGAGCAAAUUACCAGCAUUUCAAAAUCUCUUUCUAUGGCUCUAAUCUGUUAAAUGAAUAUAUUGCGUUAGCCAGGAUCUAGAAAUGCAAGUGAGAUGACUUGUAGAAUAAGUUCUGUCCUUUAAAUGCUUAUAAAGUUUUCUUCUCUCAUAGUUCAAGGACAUAUUUGGCAGUGAUUUAGUGGAGCCCGUUGUAACCAGCUAUAGGUAUGUAUCUUAUUAAUUUAAUUCACAAGAAUCAUUUCUUUAUUAAAACAGUGCAAAUUAUUCUAAUUAUAUAUAUAUAUAUAUAUAUAUAUAUAUAUAUAAAAAUUAUAUAAUGAUAUAUAUCAUUAUCAAUGUUAUGUCCGUCCAACUGGACAAAAUUGAUUGGUUGACAGCUCUAGGGGUGGUUUAGUCCCAAGCUCUCAGCCAAUCAUUGUUGUCCAUUGACAUGUAUAAUGCAGAAGUGUUAAAGGUUUACUCCAAACACCAUAACCACUACUGUCUACUAUAGUGGAGUACCUUGGCAAUAUUCCCCAGUUAUGGGGCAAACUGUUUUAAAACCGUUCUCCCCCCUUUUACCUGGUACCGCUGGGCUCUGACGGUCCAAUGAUGGCGGUCAAACCACAUCCAGCUUUUGCAGAGUUACAGAUGCUAGAUGCUGGUCCAGUUCGCCAUUCAUUAGCUAAGUGUCAGCUGAUCGCUCUCGUCCAAUGAAUGACAUUAUGUGCAUAGAAAUAUGCACACACCUAUGCUGGCUAAUGAUUUCCCAGUGAUGCUGUUAGAGGUAGAGUCACACAUCCGGCAGCAAAGGGGUUAAACUUCAUAGGUGCAGCUUUUCAUAGCAAAACACUGACACACAUAUAGACUCCAAACACCAUCACCAUUUCAAAUCAUUGAAUUGGUCAUGGUGCCUGGAGUAACUCUUUAAUUCUGCAUUAUCAAUAUCCCCAAGAUAGAGUGGGCCUCUGGAAAGAUCCACGAUAUGAAACAUUUUUAGAUGGUUUGAUAUAAACUGAGAGACGGCGCAAGGGGACUCUUGAUGGGAGCUGAGUUUUAACAAUUCUGUCAGGACAAUGAGCUAGAGCCAGGAGUAGGCAACCUUCGGCACUCCAGAUGUUUCGGACUACAUCUCCCACAAUGCUGUUAUAGCCAUAAUGCUGGUAAAGCAUCAUGGGAGGUGUAGUCUACAACAUUUGGAGUGCAGGAGGUCACCUGACGCUAAGUUAGACCAAUUCUAUUAUAUAUACUGGCAGCUUCUCUGUGUAGUGAAAACACAGCAACAUGUAACUUUAUAUAACUUUAUUCAUUACCCACAGGUUAUGGCUCAGUGAUGUUUUGGCCUCUGUGGAUCUUUACUUCCAAAGUAGUGUGAAUAUAACUACGGUUGUAGCUAAAACAGUAGCCAGUGGAGCAGUGUUCACAAACAAUGGUCUCACUUUGGACCCUUUAACAUUAUCUUCUCAAGGUGAGUCAAUACGCAGAGAUUCAGUGUGGCUUGCGGGAUAUUUUUGUUGGAAAAUAAUACCCCAAAAUAUUGGUGUUUAUAAAUGAAGUAAAUAAGUUUUUAAAAAAAUUAAAAACCCAUAUUUUUUAAUUCAUUGUGAUUUUUCACUUUAGUAACCAACUCUGUUAGCGGCUAUAUCCUAAGCAAAUUGCAAUUUAUUUGAAAACAUACACAAUCAAAGUCUACAAUUAAGUAUGCUGUGCUGUCUUAUAUUCUACAUCUUUCCCUAAUUAAGAUAAAUACUUUUUUUCUUUGUCAGUGAAUGUGACAGUGCAGUUCACUCUGAUACAGUACUACAUUUCUUCCCUCUCAAAUCUUACCUCACCUGAUACUAUAAGUCUACAAAACACCAUUAAAAACUUGGUGAGUAUUGCUACAAUGCGCUACAGUCUCAGGAAAGAAAAUGCAAUAAUAUUUACCAACAUCAGUACACAGAGACAGGUUAGCAAGGCUCUAGAAAACACGGACUUUAAUGCCGUAACUUUGUGUGGUCUUCUUUGACAAAUUUCGAAGUAUAAGUAUAUAUCUUUCUUUUACAAGCAAGUUACAAUACCAAUUCUUUAAAUAGCGCCAACAUAUUCCACAGUGCUGUACAAUAGGUAAAACAAGACAAACUAUUAAUUCUGACAAAAUACAGUAACAGUAUGUGAAGAGGGCGCUGCCCGAACCAGCAUGAAAUCGAACAAGUAAAAGCAGAAACAUCGCUUAAAGGAGCACUAUAGUGUCAGGAAAACAAACUCGUUUUCCUGGCACUAUAGGGUCAUUAGGUCCCCCCCAACCUCAGGGCCCCUCUCCCACUGGGCUGAAUGGGUUAAAACCCCUUCAGCCACUUACCUUAAUUCAGCGCCGGGCUCCCUCUGUGCUGGGGAACUUUUUUUUCCCCAAUUUACCUUAUUCUAGCACCAAGGUGCAAAGAGUGAGUACGUCCAGGGUUGUCUACUAGAGUCAGUCUUAGCCAGACGAUGUAAACAUUGAAAAUUUUCUCUAAAACUGGUUUACAUUGGAAGGUCAUAGGACCACUCCACUUCCUAUUUGUACCUCAGUUUAUAAAUUAACUAGGGAACACCCUCCUGGCAGUCAAUCAAACGACCAUAGAGGCUUGCGGCCUCCUUCUGUUAAUUCCCAUGAGCUAAUGGAAGUGGCAGGCACGCUCUUGAGCCUGGCUGCCUCAUCCCACACUGAGCACAGACCAGCUCCUGCGAACCUCAGACGACAUGUGCGCAUGCACAUGAGCCGCUGUAGGCAUGCAUGUGUGCACCAUUUCAGAAGCUUCUGAAUGGUUAUUUCCCUGUUAAGAGACUGAAGUCUCUUCUGGUAAAAGAGAGGAGGGUUUGCUAAGGCUGCAGUUCAUGAGAUCUGCAGCAUUUGCAAGCUCUUUUAAGAUAUAACCCAAUGAAUACAUGUAUGAAAAAUGUAUGCAUAUAUUCAUUGGGGUAGAUCUACUAAAUAAUGAUGUUGGGGUUUGUUUUCCAUUCGGACAAAGAAGUGUUCCUUUAAGGGGACAAGGAAACUGCAUCCAGACCACUUUAAUGAGAUGAAGUGGCCUGGGUGCCUAUAGUGUCCCUUUAAAUUGCAAGUGGGAAUGUUAUCUUAAAAUGUGGGUUAAAACUAAGUAAAAGAUAUAAACGGAAUCUAUGGAAAUGUAUUUCACAAAGUAAAAAGCCUGAUCUUUAUACGUCACUGUUGAGCAAUCAUAGAAAAUAGAUUUAGCGGACGCGUACAGUGUGGGACAGUUUAAAGGGAAAGUAUGUGUUGUUUUACUGCAGGGGUAGGCAACCUUCACUCUUGCACCCACAAUGCAGGCAAAGCAUCAUGGGAGGUGUAGUCCAAACCAUCUGCAUUGCCGAAGGUUGCCUAUGCCUGUUUACUAUAUAUUAAUUCAGCAGUCAAUUACAGAAUUCCUACAUUUAUAAUAUGGAUUUCAUGAUUGCCAACAUUUCAAAGAAGACUUUCACCCUGUUAAAAGCCAACUCAGUUAAUCACUGGUUACCAUAACUUAGUUAUACAAAAUGUAACAUGUGGAGAGACACUUAGUAUAAUUACCACCACAAUUAAGGGUGCUAUUCCAACAAGGUACUCCCUCCAAUACCAAUAAACUAAAUACUCAAAAAGAAAGGAAUGCACACCAACUGAUACAAUAGUAUCUAUCUAUUUUAUUGCAAUCCAAAUCCAAAUCAUACAUGCAAAAAAUGCAACAAUAUAACAGUGACCAAAUAGGCAAAAAAAAAGGCUAAACCAUAUAUUUACCAAAUUUCACAAGCCUAUAUGGGCAGAAACACGAGUCACAAACAGUCCCCCAACGUUUCGGCUCCUCCUGGUAGCCUUUAUCUACCCUUGAUAAAGGCUACCAGGAGGAGCCGAAACGUUGGGGGACUGUUUGUGACUCGUGUUUCUGCCCAUAUAGGCUUGUGAAAUUUGGUAAAUAUAUGGUUUAGCCUUUUUUUUGCCUAUUUGGUCACUGUUAUAUUGUUGCAUUUUUUGCAUGUAUGAUUUGGAUUUGUAUUGCAAUAAAAUAGAUAGAUACUAUUGUAUCAGUUGGUGUGCAUUCCUUUCUUUUUGAGUAUUUACCAUAACUUAGUUAAUCACAGUUUACCAUUACUUAGUUAAUCACAGGUUACCAUUACUUAGUUAAUCACAGGUUACCAUUACUUAGCAUCUGGCUCACCAUUAGAACAUUCAUGUGAUAAAUGAUCGAUAGCAACAGUGACGUCGUACACAUAACUAUCCUCCAACAGACCAGCAAGUUCAGUUUGCUGUAUGUGUUUAACUUUGAUUGCAUUCCAUUUCUUUUUGCAGGUGACACCAAUUCUCAAACAGAGUUACUCUGAUGCCCUCCAGAAUACCCCCAAAGUGACAUUCAGGUAUGGCUUAAUUUAACCCUGGUCAGCACUCUGUGCUCAUUUUUUGUGUGAUUGAUAUAUGGUAGAUCUGUUGCAAUGUAUCUGAAAUACAGCAUUUAUUAAAAUUCACAUUCUAGUACGCCAACUUUCUAGUUAAUAUACAUCUUUGCCAUUAAAAAAAGAUAACCUUCUAAUAAGCAUAAGGCUAUCCUAACUAUAAGAUAAGGCCAGGGACUAAUGAAAGUAUUUAGAAAAUUGGGCAGACUAGAUGGGCCGAAUGGUUCUUAUCUGCCGUCACAUUCUAUGUUUCUAUAAGACAUUUAUGUCAUCAUAGUAUUGUUAAACCCUUUUGAGAAAAUGUGUCACUUUGAAAAGUUCACCACUGUGGUCAGGUUUAGGGGAGGUUUGGGGGGGGCUUAGGUUUAGGGGGGUUAGUAGGUUUACAUUCCACAUCAUUAAGGCAGGUAGCUUGUAACCUUGCUACUCAAAGCAUCAUCACAUAAUGGCUAAGGCUUAUGGUGCAGCAUUCUGCAAAACAUUUUUUUUUUUGUGAGAAUCUAUAAAGAUUUCAGCAUGCAAAAUAUUUAGCAUAUUAUUGUGCCUAAAGCCUAUCAAAUUCAUUACUGGGACACUUUAAACACCAAAACAAUUUGAACUUAAUCAGUUUUGGUGCAUAGAUCAUGCAGAAACCGUUUCACUCCUGUUUAGGAGUUAGAGGGACACUAUAGGCACCUAGACCACUUUGGCUCAUUGAAGCGGUCUGGGUGCAUACUCCCAGGUCCCUUAACCCUGUAGUGGUUUUGAUAAACUGCAAUAAUUACCUGCCAGGGUUAACUCCAUCUCUAGUGGCUGUCUACCAUGCCAAAAUGUAGCCUGAAUCACAAAGCAACAGAAAUGUGCAAUGGCCAAGCAUUGUCAAUUUGAUUCAUGAUUCUGAAUUCUGCCUGUGGUGUAAAAAAAAAAAAAAAAGAUGAAUGAUUGGAAAAAGAUGAUUAGCUAGGGGACAGUCAAUAAAUGUUAAUUUUAUUUACAGAUUAAGUUAGAAGUGAGCAAAAAAGGAUCAGUAGUAAAAAAUCUAUAUUUAUAAUUAGAAAUACAGAUUUAUAUUUAUAUUUAAUGCAUAUAUAAUAUUUAAAUAGAGAUUUUUUUUAACUGCUGGCCCUGUUUUCUUUUAUUUUUUUUGCAGUACACAAAUUGGCUCAUUUUCACGCCCUGUUGCUUCAUCUGAUCUGUUUUUAUAAAUCAGUUUUCUGAAAUUCUGCUGAGCCAAACUGAAAUUUCUCACCAUGCAAGUCUAGAUUCCCCAUCUAAAUAUCAGUCCAACCAGCAGUACUUAUCUGACAAGCUUGGCUCUGGACAACCAUACCAUAGUUCACCCCUAAUAUGCAAAAGUCCAACAUUCCUGACAUUACACCUCACUUACCGCAUUUCAUCCUACACUUAACCUUUCACUCCUCUGAGAUAGUUACUUACCUCUCACAAACUCAACUAAUCCGCCAUAUUUCAGUCUCCAUUUUCUAGAAUUGACUUCUAUAUGUCCUAAUCUACUUCAUUUUCUGUUAUCACCCUAUUACAAUAAAUCACCACUUUCACCUCCACUCUUAACUUUAAUCUAGAAUUUGAUACUUUUAGCCUAGUGCUCUAUUCUCUCUCAUGUGGCCUGGUGACGUAAUUGAGAGAAAUUGGCAUGCACGCAUUAAAAUAUCCUAGUGCAGGUAUCGUACAUCCUUUGGUGCAGAAAGAUAGAUGUACAAAUAGCACAAAACAGUAUACUGAGCUUUUUAGAAUGUUAGUUUCUUUCUCAAAGUCUCAGAGCCGACAACAACUACCUCCUCAUCAGGAGCACUGGCCAAGGGUGACAGGGGAGUAGAGUGCCUAAAAUUAGGAGAGGGAUUAUAUGGGCCUGUGGUUCAGGAGGUUUUAGAUUCCAGCAUCCAUCAUCCCAUGUUUACUUUAGAAGGGUCCGUAUAGGUCUCAUGAUGUCCUUGAGUUGAAAUUCAAGUAAACUAUAAAUGAUCAAUGGCUAAUGAAGUGCAUCCCUAUGGAGAAUGUCCCUUCUCCUGUACACAUUGCGGAAUUAAAAUAAGUAAUACUGCCUAAAAUUACCAGAGUAUAUAUACAAACCAGUACACAAAAUCGGUAACAACAUCUAACUUCCAGAGCGCAAAUACAUGCUGCAGGGUUCUACGUGAAUACUGAAGAAACUCUCAAUUUAAAAUGUUAACAUAUAGAUAGCAUGUUAUUAGAUACCCUCAAUUUUCUCAGUUUGUCUAAAGCCCUAUAUCCGCGCUGAACUCACUUCCUUUUCCUAUCAUCUUUCAGUGAGAAUGCAGGCUCCGCAGCCGCUUUGAUUCAGUAUAACGUCAACUCCACAAUCUCAGCUGACAAUACGAACACAGUGAAGUUGCUCCUAGCGAACUCAAGUUUUACCAGCCUGAUCCGCAAAGCAUCUCUGAAUGUUAAUGGUAAGUAAAUGCAGAAUUGAGAAUUUUUCUCUUGAGUGAGAAUUCCAAUAGAGAUGAUUCUCCAUCAAUCUGGAUAUCACACACACACACACUGUGCAAAAGUAAAUGGUAUUAGAGGAAUGUUUGUUGCAGUCAAUUUGCAAAAGUCCUCAAUGGAAAUAAGCAAAUAUUUCAGAAAGUACAGAAUAUUAACCUCUAAAAAUUAAUCUUGAGUUAUGAUGACUUGAAAAACCCAGUUUUAGACAAACAUUCAUAUAUUUUUUUUAAUUUGCUUUAUAAUUAUAAAACCUAUAUAUUGCAACUUUAUCAGUGUGGAGACAAAUAUAUUUUUUUAUAUAUAUAUAUUUUUUUUUUUUCUUUAAUUUCAGGCGCAAAACCAUCUUUGCAAGUAUUCACAUUUUCUCCAAGAUUCACUAACGAAGUGUACACUGCGAACCUGAAAACAAGAAGCAGUACCGAGUUCAAGACUUUCGAGAGCAACAUUGUAACUGCAGUAAGUAACUGAAAUGGCCAUUCCGACACAUUUUACGACUUGCCUCGUGGUACAGCAUGUGGUAUAGGAAAGUGAAUUUAGGCAGAAAAAUAGGCCAUCUAUGAUUUACGUGCAUUUGUAAGACAAAUUUGAGGUUAACUGCUCAAAAACAGACCUUCACGUGUCAUUUAUUCACAAGUCCAAAUUCAAUGAUUAAUGUCAUGUUAUUAUUUAUUUAUGUAUUUAUGAUUAAAUGAAAGCAGAGAUUUUAAGUUUCUAUAAGCCAUCUCUACUAGGGUUUUAACAAUAUUUAUAUAAUAUAUAUAUAUAUAUCUAUAUAUAUAUACAUAUAUAUGAUUUAUAUAAUAUAGAUAUAUACACUGCUCAAAAAAACAAGGGCACACUUAAACAACACAAUGUAAUUCCAAGUCAGUCACACUUCUGUGAAAUCAAACUGUCCACAUAGGAAGCAACGCUGAGUGACAAUCAAUUUCACAUGCUGUUGUGCAAAUGGGAUAGACAACAGGUGGAAAUUAUAGGCAAUUAGCAAGAUACCCCCAAUAAAGGAAUGGUUCUGCAGGUGGUGACCACACACCACUUCUCAGUUCCUAUACUUUUGAAUGCUGGUGGUGCUUUCUUUCUAGUGGUAGCAUGAGACGGAGUCUACAACCCACACAAGUGGCUCAGAUAGUGCAGCUCAUCCAGGAUGGCACAUCAAUGCGAGCUGUGUCUGUCAGCGUAGUGUCCAGAGCAUGGAGGCGCUACCAGGAGACAGGCCAGUACAUCAGGAGACGUGGAGGAGGCCGUGGGAGGGCAACAACCCAGCAGCAGGUCCGCUACCUCCGCCUUUGUGCAAGGAGGAACAGGAGGAGCACUGCCAAAGCCCUGCAAAAUGACCUCCAGCAGGCCACAAAUGUACAUGUGUCUGCUCAAAUGGUCAGAAACAGACUCCAUGAGGGUGGUAUGAGGGCCCGACGUCCACAGGUGGGGGUUGUGCUUACAUUUGGCAUUUGCCAGAGAACACCAAGACUGGCAAAUUCGCCACUGGCACCCUGUGCUCUUCACAGAUGAAAGCAGGUUCACACUGAGCACAUGUGACAUACGUGACAGAGUCUGGAGACUCUGUGGAGAACGUUCUGCUGCCUGCAACAUCCUCCAGCAUGACCGGUUUGGCAGUGGGUCAGUAAUGGUGUGGGGUGGCAUUUCUUUGGAGGGCCACACAGCCCUCCAUGUGCUCGCCAGAGGUAGCCUGACUGCCAUUAGGUACCGAGAUGAGAUCCUCAGACCCCUCGUGAGACCUUAUGCUGGUGCGGCUGGCCCUGGGUUUCUCCUAAUGCAAGACAAUGCUAGACCUCAUGUGGCAGGAGUGUGUCAGCAGUUCCUGCACGACGAAGGCAUUGAUGCUAUGGACUGGCCCGCCCAUUCCCCAGACCUGAAUCCAAUUGAGCACAUCUGGGACAUCAUGUCUCGCUCCAUCCACCAACGUCACGUUGCACCACAGACUGUCCAGGAGUUGGCAGAUGCUUUAGUCCAGGUCUGCGAGGAGAUCCCUCAGGAGACCAUCCGCCACCUCAUCAGGAGCAUGCACAGGCGUUGUAGGGAGGUCGUACAGGCACAUGGAGGCCACACACACUACUGAGCCUCAUUUUGACUUGUUUUAAGGACAUUACAUCAAAGUUGGAUCAGCCUGUAGUGUGUUUUUCCACUUUAAUUUUGUGAGGGACUCCAAAUCCAGACCUCUAUGUGUUGAAAAAUGUGAUUUCCAUUUUUUUAUUUUUGUGUGAUUUUGUUGUCAGCACAUUCAACUAUGUAAAGAACAAAGUAUUUCAGAAGUAUAUUUAAUUCAUUCAGAUCUAGGAUGUGUUAUUUUUGUGUUCCCUUAAUUUUUUUGAGCAGUGUAUAUUAUUUAUAUGAUAACCAGCAAUAUUGAUAAACUCACACUUUUUUUUUCUCUUUUGUUUUAGUUUGGACAAAUCCUGCAAAAUAUCAACCCUCAACAAAUUGUAGUAGCAUCAUUUAGGUAAGUAUUUUUUGUAAUCAAUGUUGGAGAGGUCAGGGAGUUUCUGAUCUCUGGGUGAUGGGAAUUCUGUUGUUCAGUGCUACAACGGAGGUUAUUGUGUACGCAGUUGAUUUUGGCCCUUUGACCACCAGCUUAAUAAAUGUUACCUAAAAUAGCAAAAUCGGAUGUAAAAAAAAAUUAAAUGUCAAUAUCAACGUAUAAACAGGAGAAAUUUAAAUCACAUUUUUAUGUCAAAUUUUAAGAAUAUAGAAUUGGUUUAUUGGGAAGGCAGUUUGCUAAGAGGUGACCUGUUCAAUGUAAAACAUCCAAAGUUUUUAUUAAGACGUCUCUUGGCUAGUUCUAAACUAUAUGAUUUUUACAAUGCAGGGAAGGAUCCGUCAUCUCUGACACAGAACUGACCUUUGCACAAUCAACAACGUCUUCAGAUGCUAUUGCUGUACAGAUAGUUAAUAAUGCGGACACUCUAAAGAACUAUGGGCUAGUGUUGGAUCCUAACUCUGUCUGUAAGUGACCAGUUCCACAUUUCACAUAUACAGUUUCUAGUGGUCAUGUUAUUUUUAAAGUAACUUAAAAGGAACACUUCCAACACCAUAAGCAUUAGAGCGUGCUGUACCUGUCGCCUCCUCUCUGCAACCAGGAAAGAUAGAAACUGGGAGCUUCCAUUAGCUCUCCAGAGCUACGAUGCAGUGGCGGGCCAGUUCAUUGGCUGAGAGCACCGCUGGUUGGAAUGAUCAAUACACCAAAACUGCUUCAUUAAGCUAAAGUUGUUUUGAUGCUUAGGAAUCCCUAUAAAAGACGCAAUCUUGAAAAUAAUUACUUAGACUUUUAAUAUUUUUUUCCCUCCCUUUUUAGAUGUUGCACCAGCAGUAAGUGCACCAACUAUUGCACCCGUUAAUACGUUCCCAGGUUACGCAGUUGCCAUCAUCAUCAUGGGCAUCUUAUUUCUACUAGCCAUCAUAGUGCUGGGGCUGCUGGUAAGUUCAGUGGAAACUCAUCCUAAAACAGUGACUGCCAAUCAAUGCAGUGCCAUUAUUUCGAUAUCGCUGCCCAAGGGUAAAACAAAAAUGCAUUUCUGCAUGUAUUCUUCUAUGCAGUGAUGGCAAACCUUUUUUGAGCCUAAGUGGCCAAACUGCAAUUUAGCUACUUGGUCAAUGAACCCAACUUAUUUAUCCUAAAGUUCCAACACUGCAAUUAAACUCAAAAGCAUAAGUCAGGGUGUGUGUGAUAUGUGAGUGGUGUGUUUUUAUUUUAGUUUAACUGCAUUAAUAAAAUAGAAAAUUGUUUACUCCUCUCCUGCUUAUCUAUUAUUUGCAGGGAACAGGUUAACUUUCCUGGUGGUCCAUUGGGGAUGAAUGGUUUCCUUGAGGUUAAUGGGGAUUAAAAAUGGUCCAAGUGUUGUAGUGCAUGGUCUGCAGACCCUUUUGGUGCAGAUCAUAUUAAUUGCUCCUUCUGGCCUGCCACUCAUUAAGCAAGUGGGAAUCCCGUUGACCGUGCUGACUACGUCAUGGAGCGCUGGAACCACAAGGGAGCGAUUAAUAUGGUCUGCACCAGAUGGCACCACCUGACCACCAAGAAAUUAUUUUUAUUUACUAUAUUGCAGAUUAGAGACAGCAGUAUUCUUGAACACAGUGCACCACUGCUGUUUUGUCCUAAGAUGGCCGUUCAUGCUGACUUAUGGUAGUGCAGUCACCCCCAAGAGAACUGCAACAUGAAAAAUCUCCGGCUCGUGUGCCAGCAGAGAGGCCACUUGUGGCCCAUAGGUUUACAUCACUGUUUUAGAGCUUUACUCUAAAAUGUGUCCAUUGCUGUUUGUGUGGUGCUGUUAAUGUGACAUCUACCACUGGACUCCUCUAAUAUCCUUUUCAGUGCCAGACUAGGCAUAAAAGCAUAUGGGGUAAAAGAACAAAAGUGUGUAGGUGCUUCACAAUUAUUGUGGCACUUCAGUGCGUGAAAGAAAAACACUACGUGGGUUGUGCAACAGGUAUAUUAGUGCUUACCUUAUACACCAAACAUAAACCGCCAAUUACAAUAAAAAUGUAAACCAGUAAGUACACCUUCCCAGUAAAACUCAAUAGGGAUGAUGUUACCAUAGGAUGAACUUGCUUAGAAUGGUAUCUAAAAUAGCAGAUGUAGAUGGGACUCCAGUAUAUGUAUAAAAAUAUUUAGUGAAAAUAUAAAAAUUGCUGUUUAAUCAAGGAGAUAGCUAGCCAGUAUUGGCACCCGUGAACCUGUUAUACAGAGCCUGCACCAGAAUGGGAAGAAAGGGUGGGAAAAAAUGUAAUUGAAAAUAAUUUGUCCAAUAUGACUAAACAUACUCAAAAGACUUCAAAUUAAACAAAGUAACUGCUUUAUUUUAAGCACACUAUCAAAAUUCAAUCCCUAUUACCUUGAUAAAAGUCCUGUAAAAGGAUUGAUGUAAGUUUUUGCACAUCUGCUUAAAAACAAAGAAUUUAUGUUGGAUGUUUUUAAGUCCUAUGAGUGGAUUGGAUAUAUUACAAGGAUGGAAUCUGGCACAAGGAUAGCAAGGAUUGGGGAAAAUACGGGCUAACUUACUUAUGUUUGUGAAUAAAACCCCAAAUUUAGGCAAAAAAUAGUCGUGCUGUGAUUAGGAAAGAGUCUGAAAGUUUUUCCAAAUCUUCUAUUUUGGCCUAAAUUAUGCAACCUCCUAACCCUGAGAAUUAGAAUGCAUCUGGAAACCUGUGAAUGCUAAACCCAGUGGAAUAAAGUGUGGCUUCAUUCACUUGGCCUAAUUUUAUCAGUUGCCCCCUGAGGGGACAUAUUGUAGAGUAGGAGGGUUGUCACUUUGGCUCAAAUAGCCAAAACAUGUUUAUAAUGAUAGUAAAGGAAAUAAUAUAGUUUCUGCACUCAGGUACAUCUAUUUCUUUUAAGGCACAAACUGAACAUGGGACACAUAAGAGCAACACACUGUUGCCAUAAUUAGUGGGAGUUACAUUCCCAUGCAGUAAAUGCUGACAUUGUAAUGAUGGCAGCUAAAAUAGUUGCCACUGGGAUUUUAACUCAGUUAUCUUAGGCAGCGCUGGGACAUGUAUGUUCCAAUGAUGUCCCUGUAGUAAAGUUCUCCCCUUAACCACCUUAACACAUUACACUACAUAUUAACCCCUACUUCACCCUAGCACGCUACACUAACCCUAACACUAAACAAACAUCUACAGCACCCUUAAACUAACCAUUGGCAUGUCACACUCUACCUUAACUAUUAUUCUAGCACCAAGCUUAAAGGACCACUCUAGGCACCCAGACCACUUCAGCUUAAUGAAGUGGUCUGGGUGCCAGGUCCUUCUAGGGUUAACCCAUUUUUUCAUAAUUAUAGCAGUUUCGGAGAAACUGCUAUAAUUAUGAAUGGGUUAAGCCUUCCCCCUAAUCCUCUAGUGGCUGUCUCAUUGACAGCCACUAGAGGCGCUUGCGUGCUUCUCACUGUGAUUUUCACAGUGAGAGCACGCAAGCGUCCAUAGGAAAGCAUUGUAAAUACUUUCCUAUGCGACGGGCUGAAUGCGCGCGCAGCUCUUGCCGCGCGUGCGCAUUCAGCCGGCGUGGCGUAACGGAGGCGGAGAGGAGAAGGAGAGCUCUCCGCCCAGCGCUGGAAAAAGGUAAGUUUAAACACCUUUCCCCCUUCCAGAGCCGGGCGGGAGGGGGACCCUGAGGGUGGGGGCACCCUCAGGGCACUAUAGUGCCAGGAAAACGAGUAUGUUUUCCUGGCACUAUAGUGGUCCUUUAACCUAAAAGUAUCAUGUAACAUAAAAAUACGUAAGGCGUGUAUAAGGGGUAUAGAAUGCCAUCUCUGGGUUUUGGAUAUUUGUCUCAUAGUUUAUUUGCAUUAAUGUAUUGCUAAACAAAAAAAAUCAAUACAUGCAUAGCCAAUAUAAUUGUUCAGAAAUUGCUGAAAAUCAAGCGUAUGUCCCUUGCUUCCAAUUUUUUUUUUGUCUCAUAGGCAUGUUACACUGACGUGUUUCGGAGACUUGCCAAUGCUUGCAAGCUCAAGUCGCCAGGUGGCUAUGACUCAGUAGGGCGCUCCUAUCCACAGAUCUCAAUCCAAAGUUACAGGGUAAGUGUACCUUACUUAAUUAAACAGGGUUUUGAUUAAAAUGGAGAGAUCUGUUUUUUUUUGUUUGUUUUUUACUACAGUUAUAAAGAGUGUCUCAAAUUAAAGAAUGUCAUGAUUGUGGCUGUAGUGAUCCACAUGGCACACAAUCCUUCCCAGGGAUCAUUUUUGACCUUCUGAACCAUUCUUCAAUUGUAAUACAGAAUGCACUAAUCUACAUUAUGCAAAUCACAUUCAUUAGAACCUUCCUGGGGUCAUGGAGUUCCAACUAUCCUUGAGAAGAAUGUGCUUCAACAAUAAAUCAUGUCUUAAAGAAACACUAGAGUUUUAGGAAUACAAACUUGUAUUCUUAACACUGUAAUGUUGGACUACCUUUUAAGGUCUCCACCCCCUCUCUGUGGAGAAAUAAUAUUUUUAACUCACCUUUUCUCUAGCGCCAUGCCGUUCUCACCGGAGCUAACCCUGCCUCCAAUCUUGAUGAUCUCAGCCAAUCCAUUGCCUUUCCAUAGAAAAAGCAUUGGGAGGCUAUUCUGCAUGUGCAGCAAAACGCCACACUGCGCCAAUCAGCAUCUCCUCAUAGAGAUACAUUGAGUGCAGAGCAUGGAGACGGUGAACAUAGGUGCUUUACACUGUGCAGCAAGGGACUAGGAAGCACUUCUAGUGGCCAUCUUUGUUCACUGCACUUGGAGGCGGUACUAGGCAGCAAUGUAAACACUUCCUUUUCUCUGAGAAGGAAGUGUUUACAGUGCCAAGACUGCAGGGACAUGCUGUAUACACCAAAACCAUUACAUUAAGUUGCAGUGGUUCUGGUGACUAUAGUGUCCAUUUAAGGGAUCUGCUGGUUCAAGCUGGUGGGGAUCCAUGGAUAAUCACAUGUGGAAACGGUGCUCAUGGCUAAGUACUACUGAUUUAUGCAUUUUGACAAGGCUCGUUGUAGGGAUAGAUUUUGGGGGGUUUGAGGGAAGGGGGAAUUUUCCAAUAUAUGAUUGAACUGAACAAAGUGACUAGAAGUGAAUGUUGUUCUAGUUUGCAGCGUUCAAACAGGGAUCUGGCCACCCCAGAUGUUAAUGGCCUACAACUACUUUGGAGAUUCUUUGGUGAUUGACAGAGCAGAGCUGUAGGAGUGAAGCAGUCAAUGUGCAAUGAAUAAACUCCUCUCAAUCAAUCAGGGAUCAUAUGUUUAUAGUUCUCUCUGUAGGAGUUGGUGGGCAUUGCAAGUUACAUUUAAAGGGGGGAUAUUAAAAUGUUAGAAUGAGACGGUCCUAUAUAGAAAGAAAAUUUUAGAUUGGCCAGUAAAAUAAAUGGAAAUACCAGUCACUCAUAACAAGAGUACCUUGGCCAAAACCUCAUGAGACUGAGCCUGGAAAGCGAUAGCGGACUGUGAUUUGUAGAAGAAGAGAGAAUAAAGGCUAUCAAUUGGAUACACAAUGAGAGGAGAACAUGAUGACUAAAUCACCUUCUCAUCUAUUUCCAGGAUAAAUGGCUGAAAUCCAGCAAGAGACAAAUAAAAAGUCAAGUUUUUGUGAUAUCGACUAUUCACUAAAGUGAGAAUUCAAAGUGAAUUUCUAUUUUAAAGCAGCACUGUCAAUAUCUGGGGACUUUGCAUAUUUUAAGACCCCCUUUCCCCCAACAGUGACAGCACCACUGGGGGGGGGGUCUGGUGGCCAGGAAAGGUGGGAUUUACUCAUCUGAACCUAUCCAUCACGAGUGCCGCCAUUUUUUGCUGGAUACUCUUCUUCAACCCCUGGCGCUUCAGCCGAUGUAACUGCAAUACUCUUGCACGUGUGUGAGAGUUCAGAGUUUAGGUCAACAGAAGAUUGCCAGAUCCUCCACAGCUACUGCUAAUAUCUCUGCUUCUUUGCAGCCAUCACUGGUGAAGGCUGGGAGAUUGACACUUCUAGACAGCGAUAGCUCCCCCUCAGUGUCAGACAUGCGAAAAAUACUGAGACAAAGUAGUCCCUACAGUGCCGCUUUAAGGACAGAGUAGCGAAACAAAAAGCAUAGCCGACUUUGAGAAUUUUUCCAGAUCAGCUAUUUUGAUCUUAAAUUCCUUUGUAAAGGAAUAUAACAAAUGUACCCUUUCUUUCAUAAACAGAGCCGGCAUACUGGAGGGCACGGGGGAAGAAUCUAAUACUGUUAGUGGAGUUUUGUCAUUUGUGUUAUAAUUGUCCCACUUUGGUGGAGCGUUAAGUUAAUCAUUAUUAAGUUAAUGGUGUUUUUUCCUCCCUGUAGACACAUUCAUAUGAUCUCAGCCAUUAGUUACCUUCCACAGUCCAUGCACCUUCAAAACCAGCAUUCAUCUUGUACUGAACGGUUACCACUGGGAUCAAGGGUAUGGACAAGCUACUACAAUCACUGCCAAAGACAGAAGAAAUUAAUCUAAUCUUACUAUUCACCAAAUGUUGCAGCAUUUUUAUCAUUUGUUGGACUUUAACCUAGAUCAGUUUACUGUGUAACAGACUGAAACAUAUGCCCUCAGAAUUAUACACUUGUUAUGUAUGUGUUGUAAUGAUCUGUGUUUACAGGAACACUCCAAUAGGGAAAGUAAUUAUGUAUUUUUAUUUUUUUUAUUGGGAUUUAUCUAAAGACUGCUUGCAAAAUCAGCAGCCUUUGUAAUCCGUCCCCUUCUAACCACGCCCAGACUUUCUGUGGCUGUCCAAUCACAGACCUCCCAAUGCAGUUCCUUUGGAAGUAUUUGCAAGACAGGUGCUCUGGGUAACUGCUGCUUGUUGAGUUUAGCUACACUUCGCUAACAAACUAGGAAGUAACAAGGCUGGUGUGAUUGACAGGCAGGAAGGUAUCACGAGGAUAAUUUAUAAAUGUGCCAAUUUCUAUUGAAAUCUGCAGUUUUUGUAAAAUGAAAAAGGAGAAGGGGAAAAAACAAACAAAAAACCGCCCCACUAUUUACAGACAAAGCAUAUGCCUUUAACACUUUGAAAGCCAGGAGGCAUACCCAAGCGUAAAGAAAUAUUUUGAACACAUAUUUGGCACUCAAAAGGUUUAAUACAGGCGAACACAAUGACAUUCAUAGGGCUUAAAUGAGGACAAGAGCUAGGGCAUGGAGAGCAGAAAGUAUUAUAAAUGAAAUUCAAUGUCUUGACCUAUAUGUAACCCUUUCUUUUAAAAGGAUGAAAGGUUGAAGACAAUAGUAAGCAAUAUUCAAAGUAAUUAUUCUGCAUUUUAAAUAUAUAGAAUGCUUUCGGAACAAAAAAAAAAAAAAUGUAUUUAUUUUUGCAAUCAUAUUUUUUUUUUUAUAUAUGUAAAUAGAUCUGCAGGAUGCAGGAUAUAAGCAUUUUCACUAAAUACUGAUGUUUACUUAUUGUAUUCACCCAAAUGUACGAGAAAUGCUUUUUAAAUGCACGUACAUAAAGCGAUAAAAGGUACUCCUUAUUGUAUACAUAUACAACCAAUUUGCACACAUGUAUAAAGUACUUCUCAUAUCCAUGUAUAGAAUGUAUUAUUCUAUAGUUAUCUGUAUUGUACCUAUAAUAUUUAUCUACCUUUACUAUAUGUAUGCACCCCUAAGAACCUGUGCCAGUUUAAUGUUAAUAAAACAUUUUUCUACAAAAUACUGUGUGAGAAUGUGUUGGUGCCCCUGGUAGUUUAGAGGAAAGAUGUUAGCAGAAACCCUAUCAUUUCAAUAUGUUUGGUCCUGUUGCCCCUCUUAUUGAAGGCGAUGGCAUAAUAAAGCAUCUCUUUACAUUGAUACUCAAGGCAUGCACUUCAAAAAAGGUUAUUCAAUAAAGUGUAAAUUGUAAGAUUCACAGUAAAAUAAAAUACACAAUUGAAUGGUUGAAGUCUACAAGAGUGCCGCAUAACGCUAAAUAUUUGUGUGUGUUUUUUGUGGGGAAAAUAAAGAAAAAUGAAAUGAGAUCAGAGUCCCUACAAAAAUCAGGGAUGGGCCAGCCAGUGGGUUUCUUGC